GCCUCACUCUCGUGUCCGUGUCCAGAGCGCACGGACGGAGAGGAGGGGAGCAGCUCGCUCAUGUCUGACACCGUGGGGUGAGCGCCGUGGUCUCUUCCUCUCCCACUCUUCACGGGGAUGUUUCUGCACGCGCGGGGGGGAUCAGCUGACUGCUGUCCGCGCGGAUUUCAGCGCGACUCUGAGGCGGAAUAAAAGCGAGAAACAGAAACAGGAGAUCCGGAUCUGAUUUGAUUACCGAUCAGCUCUGAGCGCGAGAGCGGAGGAGCGGAAAACCUGCACGUGCGGAUCCAGAUAAUGAUGUGGAUUUAAACCCCUCCGAACAGCUGGUUCUGACCCGGUUUUAAUGGAACCUAGGAUCCGCGGGAGAGUCCGGAUCUAGGAGGAGCGAUCCGGGAGCUGUGAGGAACCCGACCCGGGAGAAACCGAGAGGUCAGUGUGUCAGCCCUUCGCGCGCACACGCACGCGCUUGUAUUUACUUCAUCAUAGCGGACCGUCGAGACAGAAGGAGAGCUCGGGUUCGGUUCGGUUCGGAGGAGAGUUGGAGGGCAAACCUCGCGUGCAGGGAUAGUCACGGAUAAAUCGAUAUUUUUAUGGAUGAUAUUCCUGAUGUGGAAACAAACUGAUGCAGAAAAGUGGAUAAAAAGUCAUUAAAUCUCUUUAAAAAACUGAAAUCAAACUUGAUUUAAAGUAAAGAUAAAGAUGAUAAUGACUCCUUAUGUAUAAAGUAGACCUUACAGUACAAGUAUAUUUUCAUUUUCUGCACAUUAAGUCAAUUAUGAUCCGUUUAUUGUCUGAAAAUGACCUUUUUUUUUCUGCUUGGUUAGAGUCCAUUAGUGCGCAGAAAUGUGCUUUUUAAAGAGGGUGGUAAUCUGCGGUUUAAUGAACCACAUGAGUACCGGACACACUCCACGAUAAGGACUCCGUUUAAACAUUAAACCUCCACAGGUGAUUCACGCUCAGAGAGGAGAGUGAACGGACGCUCCCCUUAGAGAGGGAAAUACUCUGAAUCUGUUUGAUGUUUAUCCCGAAUAAAUCAUUUUAUCUUAGCCGACAGCUGCUGACCCACUUCCACCAGAGCAUGAUUUCAAUAUCUUUACCCACAGGAAGGUGGACUUUGACCCCAGAUAUCUAACCCCUGACUGGGAGAUUUGAGAGGAUUAAUUUCUGGAUGUUCUCCUCGUUUCUCUCAGAAUUUUCGAUCAACAAGUGAGCGUCUGUGUGGAUUUGGAGGGUGGUGAAGAGGUCAUAGUGAAGGGUCACCCCCUCCAGAGAUGGAUGUUGUCGACCGCUUGCUUCUCUAGUUAUACCAACUUUAGAAUAGCGAUACAGAGAGCCACGCGCUCAACCAAAACGCCACUCUAUAGCCACAAAUAAUGCUCAGAACAGCACCUAACUUCAUCAACAGGACAUAUGGCGUCACAGACAUAGUACUAUAUUCAGAGGUUUUCUAACUCCUAAGAAAACAUAAACUUAAGCAGGGGCGUUUCUCCACUUCUGUAGUCUAUAAACUGGGCCAAUAAACUUCUACUGUAGUUAAAUGAAAAGGUAAAGGUGUUUUUAUUGAGCCGAAUUAUCAAUAAAAUCAUGAUUUUGUUAACAGGUAUGAAUAUAUGUGCUGUUGAGUUAAUAUAUUUGAACAAGAGCACAGUAAAGUUAAAUCAGUGAAUUUUUCAAUGAGGUUCUGUUACUGAACGGAACUACACCAUGUUCUCCUCAGGUUAGUACAUAUAAGGUCACAGACAUAGUACUAGACACCAAACAUCUUUUUAACUUUGACUCAUUUCUUUAGCAAAGAGACUAAACACAACUCACCUACUCUCUUCCAGCAGACGCUUGUUUGUAGAGAGACCUCAGGCCAGUCCAUUACAGACUACAGCAGGGUGCCGCAGCUCAAGGAAGAACAUUUAUGAUCAUUUCUUUAUCAUUUCCUUGAAGUAAUAAUCACCAUAUUAAUCAUUUUACAGACGCGGUAGUUCUUCUGUCUUAGCGUCUCGGUCUGAUUGCAAAGAAUAACAAGAAAUUCAAAAAACAACGCUAACCAAGACAAGAACAAGAGACAAAAACGAAUCCAAAACAAACAAACUAACAAACAAAGUAUCAGUCACAGCUGUUUAAAAUGAAUGGUAAGGAAUGUUGUCGCUUGGUUGUGUAGAUGAGUACAAUGUAUGUUACAUUAAUUAUGUAAAAUAAAAAUCAGAAUAAUAAUAAUAAAGAAAAACCAAUUAACAGUUUAACCCGAAAGAAAAUAGGAUAAAAUAACAACAACAACAACAAAGGUGAUGGUAAUAAUAAUAUUUAUUAUAAUACUAGGUCUGAUUGUAUUUCCAUGAUAAAAAUGAUUAUAAAUGUUCUUCCUUGAGCUGCGGCACCCCGCUGUAGUCGGUAAUGGACUGGCCUGAGGUCUCGCUACAAACAAGCGUCUGCUGGAAGAGAGUAGGUGAGUUGUGUUUAGUCUCUUUGCUAAAGCUAAAAUUAUGUUUGGUGGCUAUGGUUUGGACCCUAUAUGUACUAACCUGAGUAGAACAUGGUGUAGUUCAGUAACAGAACCUCAUUGGAAAAUUAGCUGAUUUAACUUUACUGUGCUCUUGUUCACAUAUAUUAACUCGACAGCACAUAAAUCCAUACCUGUUAACAAAAUCAUGAUUUUAUUGAUAAUUUGGCUCAAUAAAAACACCUUUACAUUUUCGGAAUAUCCCUUUAAAUCUUUGACGUUGGAUCAUCAGGAGCCGUCAGUCUCCUCAGUUGGAUCUGUAAUGAUGGAGGCUCGUCUGUUUGGUCCUCUUACAGUGAACCCUGGUUGGUCCCCCUGGUCAGUCUGGUUCCCUUUGAAGUGGUCUAAGAACUCAUUAAAGUUCUGAUCCAGGUGAACUCCGGUCCACUCGAAGACAGGGGUCGUGGUUUUUCUAAUCUACUCCUGGUGCUGCUGCAGGUUCGUGGCGUGAAAGCAGAGCAGAGCGACUUCGAAAUCAAAGGCAGGAGGUUUUGUGAGGAGCAGUGCAUCGUGGGUCAAUAUCUGUAGGUCAGGACCUCGUGUAGGCUCCAGGUCGCGGUUCAUUCAUGUCCUGCUCACCUGCGGAGGUGACCUGGGAUGGAGAGACCUCAGAGAAAACCUGAUGAUCUGAUUGGUUUAAAGCGGCGUUUGCUUUGCCAGAGCGCUUCCUCUAAAACAUGUUUCCUGGCGCCAACUAACUAAAGAACUUUUCUCGUUUUCUCGAUCUCAGCUAGGGCUGCACGAUUAAUUGAUUUUAAAUCAUAAUCUGAAUACCGUAUUUUUCACUCUAUAAGGCGCAUUUAAAAUCCUUUAAUUUUCUCAAAAAUCCUCACUGCGCCUUAUGUACGAAUUCUGGUUGUGCUUUCUGACCUUGAACCGAUUUUAUGAGGUACACAGCGCUCAAAAAUCCGACUUCGGUAAGCAACAAAGACGCAUAGCCUGAUGGCUUGUUGGAAUAAAGUUCGACUUAUCCGACUGUUUUGUUUGUCUUAAUGCGCUUUAUAAUCCGGUGCAUUUUAUGUAUGAAAAUAGACGCGUUCAUUGAUGGCGCGCCUUAUAGUGCGAAAAAAUAUGAUAACUAUUUUAUGGCGCCUGUGCGUGUCCGACCAAAACAACAUGCUCUGUACUCUUCCUCUGUCUUUUGUGCAUUUUCUCGGCAACGUUAAAGCUAGGGCUGGGCGAUAAACCAAAAAUGUACCGAUACCGAAAUUUUACGACGAUAACCGACGUCAUUUUGCCCAUAUCGGUAUAUUCAGCGUCAAAAACGUCUUAACUACUUAGGCGAACUUAGGCGAAACGUCUCAACUAAGUCCAGUUUUCCUUUCAACAUAGAAUUAGAAAUCACUCAGUCCGUUUCCAUGACACUAGAGAAAACCGAAUUAUCGCCUUAUUCCGAUCAAGAUCGGACAACUGAAGUGCACGUUAACACCUUAGUCCGACUAUAAUCGGAGUCAGAGAACUCCAGAUAAGACACCCAGAUAAUGCGAUUGGAAUUCGAUUUUCUCUACCAUGUAACUAGCGUAGUCCGGCGUAGCAUGCGCCACGCCAGAGUAGAGGAGUAGCGUUGGUCUCAUUUUUAGAAAAAGUAGCGCGUCCAUCAUGUCAGACAAAAACAACGCUGUACGAUGCUCCAUCUUCUCGUUUCUCCAAAAUGCCCAGCAGCAGUUGUAGACACUUCUGAUGUAAGAAGUCGGAAACAGCGCUGCUCAAAAGACCCAUAUCGCCCCCUGGUGUUGGGGAGGAGGACACGUUCACGUCAAUAAUUCCAUUUUCUCAGCUGCAUGUAAACGAGGACAAGGAGAGAAGUCUGAUUUAACGAAAAAUAAACAAAUUAUGAGUUUAGUCGGAUUAAGAUGUAAAUGCACCGACGGAAUAAAAACUCAAAAUCAAAAAUCAGAGUUUUAAGAGAAAGAAAUCUGGAUUUUAUCGUGAAAAUCUACAGAUUAUUACAUGAAGACUCUAAAUAAGUUUUGAGCUCGGUGACGGAGAAGUUUCAACCUCUCUAAAUAACCUAAAAUCUCUCUAGAAGAUUGUCGACAAACGCCGACAGAUUAUCUCCAGAUUAGCGCCAGAAUGUGAGCGAGCCUUCACGGAUGUUGAGUCGUGGUUGGAGAUCCUCUCGGCGUGGAGGAGGAGGAGGAGGAGCGCUGCGGCUCCUUCAGCAGACGCCUCACAGCUACAACACUAUCCCUUUACAUGGAUCCACCAGCCAACAGCUCUCCUGCUGCGCCCGGGCUCCGCCGUCGAUUGUCGUUUAAUGGCCCCCCGCUGCUGUUGUAGUUUAUUGGAUACGAACACACACACAUUUACACACACACACGCACACACUGAAAAAAUAAAGCCAGCAUGUGUGUGUGUCUUUGUUUGUAAUUGUCUCACUAUCUCUCCCUCCUAAUGAGUGUACCAUGGAUGCAGAUGUCGGCCAAUUAGCUCGCAGUGUGAGCGCACACACACACACGCGCUCAUUUAUAAUACCAACAGGGGACCACGGCUGGUUAAGCCGACGGACGGGGACCUCAUUUUCAGAUCAUUAAAAAAAGACGUGAAAACAAUAAUAACAAAUAUUUCUGUGAGAAAAAAACAAACGAGCUCCGGUUUCUGUCGGGUCUGACCCCCUUUCUGCUUUACUUUGGUCGCAUGAUACCGAGGGUCCGGAUCCGCCACGGUCUUAGGUGGAGAAGUAAAUGCAAAGAUGUAGAUUUUCCCUGUUUUUGUUUAUUGGGGCGCUGAAAAUAUCCUGAUUUGUUUGGAUCCUGGAAUCGUAGCAGGAUGGUCCAGAAGCAGGAGAGUAGAAACUCGUAGGAAACACCGGGGGGAUUGUAAAUCUCAAGGGUCGAUAAAAAAAGAAGAGUAGAGAUGUGGGGAACAACAACGAGAAGGAGAGGUAAUUUGGAGGAAAGGAAAGAAGAAGAAAUAUACGCUCCUCGGUUUGUUGCCGUGUCUCUCUCCUCUUCUUAUUCUUCUUCUUCCCGAAGUAUCGACAGCAUGUGUCCUUCAUCGAUUCGCUGUUGGAUUGUGUUUUUCCUCCUGGCUCAGAGCAUCGAGGUGUCGUGGGAGGGGACGUGAGUCCUGAUGGGAUUUCAGAUCCAGAGGAGGAUCUGGAAAUCCUUUUUGAUGGGUCCUUGACUUUAGAUUGAGUUUUGUACCUGAUGCCGGAUCUGAAGGGGGACGGACUUGUUGGAUGUAACCGUAGUCAUCGUUGUUUUCUUCCGCUUCAUCCUGGUCCGGGUCGCCACUUCCAGCCACUUCCACCAGCUCCUCCUCCGGGGGGGAUUCCCAGGCGCUCCCAGGCCAGGCGAGAGAUAUAAUCCGUCCACCUGGUCCUGGGCCGGCCACGAGGUCUCCUCCCGGUGGGACAUGUCUAGAACACCUCUAACAUCCAGAAGGCGUCCUAACACCUCAGCUGACUCCUCUGGACGUGGAGGAGCAGCAGUUCUCCUCUGAGCGCCUCCCGAGUGUCCGAGCUCCUUACCCUAUCUCUAAGGCUGAGCCCGGACACCCUGAGGAGGAAACCCAUUUCAGCCGCUUGUAUCUGCGAUCUUGUUCUUUCGGUCAUUACCCAAAGUUCAUGACCAUAGGUGAGGAUCGGCACGUAGAUCGACCGGUAAAUCCAGAGUCUCGCCUUAUUUUUAAAGUAAUCAAAAAGAAUUCAAUGUAGGUAUAACACACAAGCAUAAUAUAUCACUGAAUAAUCAAUAUUCAAAUACUCAAUCAAUAGAAAAUAUCAAUAAUUCAAGUUCAUAGCAGUCUCAGUGCACUUUAAAAAAUUCCCAAAAAUCAGAUAUCACAAACCCAAGCAGAGAUAAAUAACAAUCUAGUUGCGCAACAUUAAUAUAAAUCAUGGAGCGAUUAUCUGGUGAUCGAGUUCAGCCUCAACCAAACCUCACUGCAGUUUAGCAUGUAUCUAGUAAAAGUGCUAAAGCUGCUCAAAAUUAACGCGUUUCAGGGGGAAAAAAAUUAUUGACAGCAACGUCAAACCAUCGGCUACAUUUCGGCUUUCUUCUUUCAACAACAUUAAAUACAUUAGUCUGAUUUUCUUCAGUUAUACUCCCUCCUUCUUUCACCGCCCAACAGCGAACACGACUGAAAACUCUGCGAGGCAUUAAUUGGUAUCAGUGACUGCUCUACAACAACAUCAUACAAAGUUUUUAAUGAAAUGACACGACGCUCGUGCUCUUUGUGAGACGCAGAUGACCGGCGUGGAUGCAGAGAGGGGAGUGAACAGGUAAGCUCCCGAACUUAAAGGAAGUUGGUACAACAACUAUUAUAUAACGAGUUAUAAACUUGGGAAGUUUCAUGGUGAUGUCUGUGACACCUGACUAGAAAUGGCCACACUUCUUUUCUCGGUUGUGUGUCGUCGGUUUGUGUGCGAGGAUCAGAAAGAAGGUCAAUGGAAUAAUCCCGUUUAUGUAACCUUUUGUGCCGCAGCCCCCUCUCCGUGGACAACACCUCGCUUGUUACGUGACUUAUGGCGGUUUUUGUGUACGUUGACCUCCUUUUAAAGACGAUCUCCAGGUCUGAAAGAGGAGUGAGAACGAAAGGAGGCUGCGGGGAUAAUGAAGAGGUCAGAUUCAGCCGCGGAUGACAGCGGCGUGCUUGUUAUCGCUCUGAACGCUCCCUCUUGUGCUUCACCUCCAUCUCUCUCCUCCUCGCCUCUGAUGGAAACGUUAUUCGAAGGCUCUCAAGAUGUUGAACAUUGUUUGAACAAGAUUCUUCUCCAUCUUCGCCGUCCCCAAAGGUCUCGAUGGGGUGGGUAAGGUCAGGGCUCUGGACAGGACCGCCUCGUUCCGGAGGAGAAUUUUGUUUGAUGAGGCGGCGCCGUGCGUGGAGGUGCGAGGUUGUCGUUUAAUGAUGUGGUCAGCGAGUGUCGGAUAAAAGACAUGCUCAGAAGGGAGGGAGGGCGAGGUGUCAGGAGGCUGGAACGAGAAGGCGUGAUUGGAGAGGAUCAAUCCGUGUCAGGAAGUCAGAGAGUUAUGUAGAGAGGUCAGAGGUCACGGAGAGACACUUGAAGUACAGAGCGGUGAAAGUACCCUUGGCUGUGUCUCUUCUUUACCUCACACCGCCCCUCCCCCGGUUAAUUAAAGCCGAUAUUGUCGUUAUUGAACCAACAUGGUUUGAUCCUUCAGCCGUUAAAUUACCGUGUUCAUCUCCUCGUUACACACACACACACACACACACACACACACACGAUCAGCCUAUCCAGUAACCUCACAGACAUAGCUCAACGUCACCGUUCCGGUUUAUUGCGCCGGUUUUCUUUAAACCCGAUUGUUCUGGAAGGUUAACGAGUUUCGUUCUCACUGAUGUCAUGACGACAGGAAGUGGAUUCAAUCUUUAUUUUGUUGUUUUUGUUGUCUCUCCGUAAGUCCAGGAGAAGAUCCUACGCUAGCUUUAACUAGGAUCCACCAUGUCGGAUUGUUAGUGACUGGCGGCGGUUAAUGCCAGCCUUGCUAGCAAGCGCCGUCUGCAGCUGCCUGGACAGCUACCGUGUUGACAUGUCAGAGACUAACCUGGGAUUUCCACCGCAUCCGUAACGGCUCCGAUCCAACAUGGAUUCCAUGGACAGCAGGAACGGAUUUUUUCCGAUCUGUUUUCUCUUCACUUUGUGGAGAUCGGACUAUAGGACCGUGAUCGCCAUAGAAACGAGGUUCAUGAUAAUUACCAAUCUCUCCCGUCGUCAACCACGACUUUAAACCUUUGGUUCUGUGUCUAAAAAAGUCUGCCAUCGUUCUUCAUGAGUGAAUUUACUGGUCAGGUUUGUUGAGUCGAACCCCAAAGGACGAGGGUCAUAUUAAGAGUCUUCUGGUUGGUCUGAACCGGUCCUCUGAUGGUUCAGGGUUCCUCUGUUUUCUUUAAUUUGGUUGAAGUCCUCACCUUUCUCCUUUUGUGGUCUGGUGAUUUGUCCUCAGUUUUUGGAGAUUGAUGAGAAUAUAACCGUAGAAAUAUCCUCAGAAACAAACAUUUGUGUCCCAUCACCAACUCAAUCUUCGAUCGAGGGUCUAAAUACGAUCAUGUCUUCUGGUUGGUCUGAACCGGUCCUCUGAUGGUUCAGGGUUCCUCUGUUUUCUUUAAUUUGGUUGAAGUCCUCACCUUUCUCCUUUUUAUAAUCUUUCCUCCUCUCAUCGUUGUUCCUUCGCUGAAACAAACAUUUGUGUCCCAUCAUCUACUCAGAUCUUCGAUCGAGGGUCUCGGUCCUUUCACGGUGGAUUUGCUCUCUCCUUCUCUCUCUCUCUCUCUCUCUCUCUCUCUCUCUCUCUCUCUCCGUCUGUCCUUCUUUAAUCCUCUCCCUGUUGAUUUCUUCCUCUUUCUUCUCCUUGUUUUCUCUCUUGUUUAAUUUAUUCCCUCUCACAACCUUUGUUUAUUUCUUUCCUUUUCCCAAUCUCGCUCCAACCUGUUUUUCCCUCCCUUCCUCCUCCUUCCUCUGUUUAAUCUCCUUCCCUCCUUGAUUCCUUUUGUCCCUCCUUGAUUACUUUCUUCCUCGCUCCUUACAGCCUUGAUUUAUGACUGUGGUCCGCCGCUCACCUGGACUCCUUCAUCGCUCUCUCUCCUCUUGAUUCCUUUUUUAUUGUUUCCUCGUUGUUUUCUUUCCUCAUUCCCUCGCUCUUCUCCUUCAUCCUUCAGUAAAUUUGGAGUUAAUUGGAUUUACCCUCGAGUCCUGUAUCUUCUGGUCCCUCUUUAGAAGUGGUCUCGGUCUGGUUGUUCGGUCCGCACUAAUUGAGAGCUUCACGUUUCUUUUAUCGUCUCUGACCAGGUGAGACGUUGAGCACCGAGCUUCGCGUUAGUCACAGCUGAUUUAUUCCCAGAGCUCCCCGGGUUGGCGUUCUCGUUUCAGGGUGAUGUUGACAGUUUAAUGAGCUGUAAAAAGGUCGCCGCGCAUCUGCGGGUAGAAAAGCGACAGAGCGCCGCGCCUUGUAAACACCACACUCACAUAAAGCUGCUGACAUUUCCUAUAACCCUGAGUCUGAUUAGUCUGUCUUCUUCUCAGUCCCUCCUGAUUUCACUGCCUCAGUAACUCCAGGUUACACUCGCUGUCACAAAGACAGGUAGGAAAUCCACUCACCUGAUUGGUUCUUACCUGCUCUUUCUCGGUCCGAUCAGUUUCCUGUCUGGAUUUAAUUGGACUUGGACCCCUCUUAUCCCUGAGGGAGAUGACCUCUUUGGUCCUGACCUCCUCCAUUCGGACUUCCUUGUCCCUGAUCUGCUCAGUUUUGAUGAGGUGGGUACUCGCUCUGGUACUCGCCCUGGUUUUUGUCAGACCAUCACGGGUCUGACCCGACCUUCACUGAUGCUCCUGCUCCUGCUGACCCUCACGGACCCCCCUGACUCCCUCAGACCUUCAGUUUGACUCUCCUGCUGUGGAUCAGAGUGUCCUUGAAGAAGCAGAUUGACUCUCAGCAACGAAGGUUCGACCUAGGGCUGGGCGAUAUGGCAAAACGUUUAUCAUGAUAUAUUUUUUCAUAUCAGUCGUUAUCGAUAUAUGCCCGACCUCAAAAAACCAAAAUACCUCCACACCACCGACGUUUUCGCAAUGAUGUGGUCAUCUGUUGAGCCUUCAUGGUCAUUUCUGUCGGGGGUAGCACUCAUUUUCUUUGUUUCUCACCAACAGUGCUGUCGGCUUCACCUGUUAAAGUGCUAUGGUUGGGUGUAGCUGCUGUCUGCUACGACUUUGCAGUUGGUUGAUACUUGGUUCUAAUUCAGCACAUGAUUGGUUCAGAGUGAAGCGGACCCGGAGCAACUCCCUUUUCAUUGGCUAUUUGAAUAAUCUACCAAAACAUGGCAGGAUGUUUAUCGUUUGAUCGCCCAGCCCUAGUUUGACCACAUUUGGACACAGGAUUGAAGUUUUUCUUCACAGUGAUGAGAAAAUACCUGAUCGUCUGUAGAUGUUUGGUUUGGAUCAGGAUAAACGGGGAUGAACUUCUCAGUUUGGGUAAAGUGGAUCCAGUCUCAGGUGGUCCAGUUCACUUUGACCAAAUAUAGAUGAAGAUAUCAGUGUAACUUUUCAACUUCCUGUCGAACAGUACUUUUCAAGGCCAGUUAAUCCUCAUAUAUCUCAGAAACAGGUCUUUCCUCUGAUGUUAUUGAACGUUUAACAGAGAUUUAAUGAUAUUUAAAGGACCAUUUCAUCAAAAUUAAUCCAACCCUGAACUAUUUAGAAACUAAAAACAGCAGCAUGGAUCGACUCAGACCGACUUAAACUGGAUAACAUGUCCGUGUUCCAGCUCACGUGGACUCUCCUUGUGCUCAUAAAUCAAAAGCUCCUCCAGUCCUGCUCUGGGACUUUCACCAUCCCUGAUCUCGCUGUGACUGCAGAGAUUCAGUUCUUAGACUAGGACGGCAGGACCAGGACUGUGUGAAGUUUGUUUCUAUCAGUAAAGAGUGAAGCUGCUGUCUGCUGCUUCAGAUUUCAUUUGUUCUGUAAAUCGAAUCUUGAUGAGCGUCUUUCUCACGCUCGUAUCGGCUCAGAGGAAAGUGCUUUAAGACACAGUGAAGGUUGACUCGUUUCUCGAAACAAGGAUUCACAAUCCAGGGUUAGUUUUGGUCAAACUUUAAGAUCAGUUUCUGGACCUGUCAGGUGAAUUUCGCCUGAAUUUAACUCAAUUAGAUGGUUUUUAGUAGAAAUACAAAGAGUCCACAAAGAUCCGACUUUCACGGCCCGUUCCCCGGAUGUUUUCUUCAUUAAAGUCUGUGGAGUUUAAAAGUUUUUGAGGACCUGACAGUGUGGUUUUCUUUUGAGCGAGAGGAUCCUUCUCUUUCUUUUUAACGUCCUGAAAAAAUUGAACAUCCUCCGUUGGUUUAGCUGCGUCGACUAAUCCUUCAGACAUUAGACAUGCUCUUCUGUUUACCGGCAUCCUCCCCUCUCUCCUCUCUCUCUCUGCUGCUCCCUCCCCUCUAAUGCAUCCUCUGUCUUCGUUUAGCUAUGCAUCACCAUGCACUGAUUUAUUCAUCACUCCAUUUUCUCACUUCCCUGACACUUACAGCACCUCUAUUUUUGUCCUUUACCCUGGGAGCGUGGAAAGCAGAGAGAGACACAGCGGAAACAUGCUCCAAUGAAGGCUCUGUGUCAGGAGACAAGCCGAGUCACACUCCAGCUGUUCACAGAGAUGACUACACUUUCUUCCUCUUCUCCUUUUUCUUCUUCUUACUCAGAUUUUUUAGGAGGCCAGGUUUCAUUUGAAGUUUCUGUUUGGGAUUAAGAUUCCCUCAGACCGUCCAGUCUCUAAUUCAGAGAACCGAACCGGGCAUAAAAGUCUGAAAAGCCGAGGGACGAAUGAGAAAGAGGCUUAAAGGUGGUGUAGUCCGGAUCUGAGGAAGUUCCAAUUUUUAGGAGAAAUCUUGAAUGUAAACUCUACCCCUCCAAACAAGUUUUCCCCUCAAGCCCCGCCCACAAACAGACGCUCCUGCUCGCUCGUAUCGUAAGUAAAAAGCAUUGGUGCUACUGUAGAUGCCAACAGACUACCAGCAAACACAAUGUUUGCAGGACUUCUACAACGAGGAUAAAGUGACAUAGUCCAGGACCCGAGGGAGGACAGUUUAGCGAUGGCGCUACAACACGCUACAGCAGGUCCGUUUGACAAGAAACACUUCUGUUACAGACACUUGUCUUACUUUGUUAAAGCGGUUUACCUGUCCAGCAGAAAGGUUACAGGGUCACCAAGAUCCCCAAGCGUCCCCCAUCGUUUAUGUUGACCCGGCUUUUUAGCUCUUGUCCGGUCUACCUCCGUUUUAAGCGCCCGUUAUUCCUCCAGAGUCUCCGGUAUUUACUUUGUUUUCUUGCUUGUGUCGGCAGUCGUGGCCAAAGGAGGAUUCAGACAAUUUUUGAACUUUCUGGUUGGUUUCUACUGUCCGAUAUUGUAGCACGCUAACUUUGUUUGGGCUCCUGAACGACACAGGGGAGCAGUGCUUUCUUGUUGACAGUUUUCUUGUUGACUGGUUUGGUGUUGACUGUUUUGGUGUCAACUGUUUAUGGUUGACUGUUUAUGGUUGACUGUUUUCUUGUUGACCGGUUUGGUGUUGACUGUUUUCUUGUUGACUGUUUUCUUGCUGACUGUUUUCUUGCUGACUGUUUUCUUACUGACUGUUUUCUUGUUGACUGAUUAUGGUUGACUGUUUUCUUACUGACUGUUUUCUUGUUGACUGUUGUCUUGUUGACUGUUUUCUUGUUGACCGGUUUGGUGUUGACUGUUUUCUUGUUGACUGUUGUCUUGAUGACUGUUUUCUUGUUGACUGUUUUUUUGCUGACUGUUUUUUUGCUGACUGAUUAUGGUUGACUGUUUUCUUGUUGACUGUUUUUUUGCUGACUGUUUUCUUGUUGACCAGUUUGGUGUUGACUGUUUUCUUGUUGACUGUUGUCUUGUUGACUGUUUUCUUGUUGACCGGUUUGGUGUUGAUUGUUUUCUUGUUGACUGUUGUCUUGUUGACUGUUUUCUUGUUGACUGUUUUUUUGCUGACUGUUUUUUUGCUGACUGAUUAUGGUUGACUCUUUUCUUGCUGACUGUUUUUUGCUGACUGUUUUGGUGUUGACCGUUUUCAUGUUGACCGGUUUGGUGUUGACUGUUUUUUGUUGACUGUUUUCUUGUUGACUGAUUAUGGUUGACUGUUUUCUUGCUGACUGUUUUCUUGUUGACUGUUUUCUUGCUGACUGUUUUCUUGCUGACUGUUUAUGUCGUGGCCAAAGAGGAUUCAGACAAUUUUCCGAACUUUCUGGUUGGUUUCUACUGUCCGAUAUUGUAGCACGCUAACUUUGUUUGGGCUCCUGAACGACACGGGGGAGCAGCGUCUGCCUCACAACCAAUCAGGUUAGAGGAGGUGGAGAACGGCUUCGUUUACAGUCAGAAAGAGCGGACUCCACAACAAAAGAUGCUUCUUUAACAGAUUCCUGCCUUCACCACCUUUGAGCCACUGCGGUGAUGUUUCUGUUGACUCGCUUUGAUUCUGAUUGGUCGGUGAAGGAGGAUAAAAACAGCUGACACUGAGGCUGAGGUGGAGUCGAGGAUGCUGAGCAGAUGAACCUCGUGUAGAAAUCGAUGCCGUCAGUGGACACGGGCCCUUACGCAGCAGUUUACAGACCCCUGUGGUCCCUGAAGCCCCCCCUGCAGGUGGACUCUGUUGGUUUGUUUGUUUCCAGUGAUGAACUUUGAUUUAUGAUCUCGGCGUUGGUUAAAGACAGAGGAGCUUCCUGUGUCGGAGGGUCGAGCCUCUAUAACCUCCUUUAUAAACAGCAAAUUGAAAUUAUUGUCGUCAUUUCUCCCCCGACGUGGAAAUGUCAGAGAUAAUUACUUUAAUUAUGAAGAUUCUCCUCACGUCACCUGAAGCCGAAUUCCUCCCUCCGAACAUUUUGGCAUUUAAAGUCCCUGACGCACGCAGACGUAGAGACGGUGAAUGUUACACUGAUAAGGUUUAGAUUAUAAAGCUUCAUUAGUCCAGAGUUAAAACACAGGAGCAGGUUUAUACUCACAAAGAUGAAUAAGUAAUCAGCGCAGAAAUGUCACCUCUCAAAGUUUAAUGCUGCUGCUGCUCCACUUCUCAACAACCGUGGUUUUGGUUUUCUUUUCUUUUCACUCUCUUUCAUGAUUCCCUCUCGGUACUUCCUGAAUCUUAAACUGGGUCAGAAAAUUCAGGAAGAGUCCCAAAGCUCAAAAACAGUCUGACUGAAUAUUUUUAGUUAUUUUGGUUUAUUUCCUCCAGAUGUUCGUUCUUCUGUUCGUGAAGUCGGCCCGUCCUGUCUUUAAACCGUCUGUGAGUGCGUCUGUGACUGAACCGUUCAGGGUUCGAUGGUCUUAUAACUCCUGCGUGUGGCGUUCAGGGUCCCCCGCUCUCCUCUCUGAUUAAAUUUACAGCACCUGCACGCCCUCCCUCCCCGCCGUCAUGCACUUAGCUUGACAUGUAAUUCACUGCAGACCGAAAUUACACACUCCAGUUGCAUGAAAGCGCCGAGCGAGCAGAUCGAUAUUGUAACCGUCUGUGUUUUAGAGGGACAUCUUUCAGAUGAGGCGCGGCUCAGUGGGUCGUUUCUCACUCUGGAGUUUGUCAUUCCGAACCCCGCCCACAAGUCCGAGUGUCUUUGAGCAGGAAGCGAACCCGAGAUAACUGCAGAAUGAGGUCUGUGGGUGAAUGUUUGACCCUGAGGUUCUGAGUGAACGAAACGGUCACUCCAGAAUGAGCCGAGACUUCGGACCUCAGACCUGUUCGUUAAUGUCCUGGUUGACGAUCGGAGAAGCAGUUGAGAAAAACGGAGCCGUUGAGGCAGAUUUGAUGUUUACGUAACAUGUAACAUGUGCCACGAUAAAAGGCGAUAAAAAUGACCCGAUGUUUAUUCUAGUUAGAUUCCUCGCUUGGUCACAUUUUCUCUUUGACUCCGCCCUUAAUUCUGUCAUCUUGCAUUUUCUGCGUGUCGAAUACAGCGAGGUGAUUGGAUGGAGUGGCGGAGAAGGAGAUUGACCAAUAGGAGCUUUGUCAAUGUCCUUGCAGCCCCGUAACUGAUAGGGUGAACAGAUUUUUUUCUGUUCUUCACUUUGUGGAGAUCGCGCUAUAGAACCAUGAUCGCCAUGGAAACGAGGUUCAUCAUAAUUACCGAUUUCUCCAAUUGUCAACCAUGACUUUAAAACAGAGAGUACAACCCACCCAGAACCCCCAAACAGACAGCAGUUUGUCGGUAAUAAUAGACAUCGUAACACGGUUUAUAGUUAGCAUAAUGAUAGCAACAAGCUAACCUGACUCACUGUCUCCACUCAUUCAUUAUCCGGCGCUUCUGAUCCACAUUCGGGUGUGACUGAGCCCACAGAACUGAUUCAGAACCAAGUCUCUGCAGGUCCAGACCUGUUGAGUUGAUCUGCAGAAACCUUUGUGGUCCGUUUGGAGUAACUUUUCUCGAUCCUCAGAGGGUAAAUCCCGCAGACUCUCACAACCUCACUUCUUCUCGGCUGUAUUUAGUGUCUUUAAACAUUCACACACACACACACACACACACACACACACACACACACACACACACACACACACAUCAAUCCUCCUGGAGUCCUCUUUGUAUUUUAAGCUCGUCUUUGUCGUUGGUGUCAGAAAGCAAACACGUUCACCGAGAUGACGAUCAGCUGAAACUGCGAAUCGUCGGCGCUCUGGGUGGUGCUAGCAUGACUGUAAUCUGUUUCCACAGUGAUGGAUUAUGGGUAUCUAUAGCACCAUCACACACACCUGCCACUCGCCUCUUCUAUCAGCUGAUUCUCGAGGUACAUUCAAGUGUAGACGAGCCGAUAUCGUUCUGUAGCUGCUGUGUGAUGUUCCUGUUUCUGUAAAGGAUCAGAUAGCGGAGAGGAGCUGUCAUCAGCUCCCUGCUGGAGAGAGAGAGAGAGACCACUUUCAUGCUGACUGAGCUUACUUCUUUACACCUAUAGAUGUGCUGUGGGGUGGCGGCGGCGGCGGCGAGGGGGUGGGGGGGCAGAUUUGACAGCUUUGAUUCCAGCUUCAGUGUUUUUUUCCUGGACUGAUCCGGACUCUGUUUUCGACUUUUGUGGGGUUUUUCUCUUUCCUCCUCUGGUUCAUGUCGAUUUCUUCUGUUUUGUUUGUGGAUUCUGGACUAAAGAGCGCCGGAGCGGACUUCUUCCCUGAGUCCAGCUGCCCACAUCGAUGCUAUCCAAUUGACCUGGUAUUUAAUGAUCAGGUCUCAGGGGUAAUUCUGCUGUUUCCCUGAUCGAUUCCCCUCUUAACCUGAGUUGACUAAAAGUGGAUUAAAUAAACAUCACGUGACCUCGGACACGCUGCUCUGCUCCUGAUUGGUCCACUGAGGCGGCUCAUGUGGUUAAACAUAAACCAUAUUCAUAUUCAAUCAUUCUCUCUGACCUUCGGUGCGACUGUGUCCUGAUUCCUGGUCCUUCUCAGACCGCUUCAUGCCCCGCUUGGCCUUCAUAUCGUGUCACUUCCUGUGUUAGAGCGCCACAGGCCGCGGGAUGACAGAUCUGUUGUUGUCGCCUCCUCCCUCUGACUCUUUUCUCCUUGCUCCAGUUCCUCCUCCAGCGGGUCGCAGACAAACCAAUCAGGCACGUUUGAUGUAGAGCUGCAGGCUGAGGCCCCCCUGCUGAGGGCUCACUGAGACCCCGACAGCACAGCGGGGGGCGGCGCUGCUGUUUGCACUCGUAGAAACUCAGUCAAACUGUUGAUGUGGAUUUGGAGAGUCUACAAAAACCUCCUCCUAUUCUCAAUCUGGGUCAAGGGGGGCUAGAACUGAUCCCAGGUACCACAAACCGAGGGAUGGGGUACAUCUUUGGAGUUUGAUGUCCUCCUGUUUGGACCUCGUUCUUCCUCUGGACCAGGACAGACCUCAUGCAAACACAGAGCGGAUUUGUAAACCCAAGAACUGGACCAAGGAACCUUUUUUUCAUCAGUGCUAGAGCGGCAUGAUAUAUCGUCUGAGCAUCGUCAUCGUGAUGUACGUGUCCACGAUAGUCACAUUGCAGAGCCUGCAAUUCUUUACUCGGUUGCCAAUCAGACUACCCUGCCAGCCGCCAAUCAAAAUCAGAGAGGAGAAAACCACGCCCCCGCACGUGGAGCGAGUCGCUGGCGCUGGCGGUAUUGUGCCGAGAAACGCAAACCCGCCGAGAAUGACUUUGGGAACAUAACUCAUCGCUGUUUAGCCCCACAAAUAAGAAUUUUAUGGGUUUGAAAUGCGUUUCUCGACACAACAACGAUCGCAAACUGAGCAACGAACAAGAGAAAACCGCCGAAGAUGAAGACGUGUUGCCAAAAAGAAAAGGAAAGUCAGUUAUCUGGAAUUAUUUCGGUUACAAGAAGGAUAAUGUCGACUAAAACACCUGUUCUGUGUUCAUCUGUCGCCACGAUAACGUCCCAGAACAAUAAAAGCUAAAAAUAUCUCUGAGACAGACAGAAGCCAUUCUAACAUUCACUAAAAGAGGUAAGAUCAGUGCAGGUUAACUGUCCUCAAGAUCUCAGCAGAAAGUCAGAUUCAGAUCAUCUGGUCAAAAUUCCUCUAUUUUUUUAUAUCGCAGGGUUGAAAAAAAACUGCAAUGUCAGUUUUUUACAACACCGUACCGCCUCAAUCGGUGCUACUCACCGUACCGUCCUGCAGCCAGUGUUACAACCUGUGACCCAAACACACCCAACCUGGAAAGCUGUUUAUCAGCCAAAGUGGGACCCAAAGGACGAUCUCACCGAGACCAUGUCCAUGUUUAGAUAGAGAGACUUUAUUGAUCCCAAACUAGGAAAUUCCCAAAUAUAUAGUCUGCAGUCCCAGACUGGAGGUUCCCCUCGUUGACAGACUAACAGCCGUUAAUAAAGAGUUAUAAAUGAAGAGUGAUAAAGUUUACUGCGCUCAUAAAUCCAUAAACAGUGUUCCUCAUUAACUGAUUUGUUUGCCGAUCAGACUCGUUCAUUUCUCUUUGUAUUGUUGUAAUAAAGCCGGAGAUCCUGGUCCUGGUCCUGGUCCUGGUCCUGGGUCUGGCAGUUAUUAUAAAUUGCUGAAAAAUAAUAAACUUUUAUUAUCGGCUCCGGGCUCUGUGCAGAUCCGACUCUCUGAAUCAAUAAAGACUCGCGCUCAUUGGUCCAUUAGAUUAAACUUGAACACACAUCUGUUAUCAGGUCCUCUUUAUGAAACCAUCAGGGAGAUUUAAAACCCGCUCCGCUGCGUUUAUAGUAAACCCAUAAACCUCGGAGGAUCGGCCGCCUGUGUGGACUCACUCCGUCAAUAAUCCGCUUAAUUAGAUCUAUCAAUUAACCGCUGAACUUGGAGUCAUUCGCUCUGUUAAUCAGUCACUGAAGCGAGGGACGGUCUGAUUUAUUAGUCUCUGUGGAGUUCUGCUCCGGGGACUCCUGCAGAAAUCUUUAUUUCCUCUUUCAGCCGCGUUUACGUCUUCAGGUGUUUUUGGUGUAAAGAUCGAGGUCAGUGUGUGUUAAAGGACUUUAUCCAUCUGUUUGUUGUCAAAGUUGACCCUCACCUCUCGCCCCAGCAGCUCUGAGAUUAAUCAAGUCUGUAGAAAUAAAGUGGGUAGAUUCUGUUUGACCCUCAGUUCCUCCUCCGUCAGUUUUGAGGACAUUUGUCAUUUUUGUCUCCUGUAGUUCUCCGUCAUUUUAGCAUUUUUUUGAGCAUGUGUUUACGGCUCCAAAACAACAUAUUACAACCUUUUUUUAUCAGCAGGGCUCUAAAUCUGACUUUCCCACAGUGAGACAACAGACUGAGCCGCGCAUCAUUUUAACCCCUUCAGUGCCACUUAUAAAUGAUUCAUAUCUUACAAAUAUCUUCUGAUUUUUUAUGUUUAUAUGUAAAAUUAAUUUAAUAUGAACAAAUGAAUUCGAUCACAUUUAAUUUGGUAGAGGACGAGGCUCCAGAAAAGGAGGUGAAAAUGUCGUGUUUUUCCGCUCCAAUAGACUCAGCUGAUCAGAACGAACACUUUAUCAAUAAAUAUGACAUGUCGCACAAAAACUGACAUAAAAAGGGAAAUACAUCCAAUUUUUUAUUCAUUACUUUUUUAAUUCUUAGGGAAGAAGUUGUUCAAAAGAUUUGAGUCGAAAAAAAGGGAAAAAAAGUUUAAAAAUGAUAAUUUUAUGAACAUUUAUCUGUAUGUCUGUUUUAGACACAAAGUAGCUGGAUAGAGCUAAAAUACGGAAAUUGGCACAACAAAAAGAAUUUAAAUUCACCAAAAUCGGUUUUACUUCUCAUCAUUGACAUGGUCCGGACACUUUUCAUUAAAAAAAUAAUAAUAAUAAAAUUUAAAAAAAUCAUAUUGGUCAUUUUAUGUAGGAAAUAAGGCGAUUUUGUGUUUCUUACCAUUAAAAAUAAAUAUGACAUGUUGCACAAAAAAUGGCAUAAAAAGGGUGUAACACCGAAUUUUGUAUUUAUUAUUUUUUUAAUGUUUAGAGCUGAAGUUGUUGAAGAGAUUUGAGUCGAAAAAAGUAAAGAAAAAUGAUUAUUUUACAAUCACUUAUCUGCAUGUGUGUACUGGGGACAAAGUUGGCUGAAUGGAGCUUAAAUUAACAAGAACCGAGGGUUGAAUGAACAUCAUUCAUCACUCUGGUCAACUUUAAUUACAGACACCCUCUCCCCCCCUUCCAAAUUUCAAGGUUGUUCAAGCGACCAGAAAAAUGCAACCGCAGCAGUUUUCAGAGACCAGGUCGUUGCAGAAGUGCUGGUCCGCUGAGUAUUGGUUCUGAGUGUUCCUGCGGGAGAACAGGACUGAGACCAAGCGGAGCGGAGGGGAUCGAUGCAGAGUCGGGUUCUCAGGUGUGUGUGGCUUUUCCUUCUGAAGAUAUCAGAGUUGGAGGGUUUCACCGCCUCUGAACUUUUUCUUUGUUCUGAAAGUUUUCACUUCGUCUCAAAGCGAAUAAUUUCUGCUCUGAACAGCCUCAAAGAAAAACUUCAGAGAGCGACGACAGCAGAGAGAGAGAAGCUUAUUAACCUGGUCUGUGCUUUGGUCUAACAGCUCUGAGGACUUUUGUGAGUUUUAAAUGAAAGUCCGGACCUCACAGGGUUUGAUAAAUCCUCCUGUGUGUGUUCGGCUUCCUCAGAGGUCGGCCCUCUUUGAUUUAAGCUAACCGCUCCAGGGUCAGAGCUAAUAAUCAACACUCAUCCUCAGCUGAAUGUCAAUGAAGCUGCUGUAUGAUGUGAAGGAAAACCAGCCUGGACUUUAGGACCUCAUCAAACCCGGUUCUGUUCAAAGUUCUGUUGUUAAAGGGGAUUAGGAACCAUAUGGAUUAUUACAGGAGAUAACAGAGCGCCUAUUAGCGAGAGUCGGAGUUCAGCCAGACGUGAUGUUAAACGUAAACAAAUACACGAGGAGCGAGCGGCAGAUUAGCAGCAGAAACAAAUUAAGAGGAUUUAUCCUGUUUCUCACACAACGAUCAGGGAAAGAAAGUAAAGAAACCAUCAAAGUGGAUCCAGACAGGGGACCAGGAUUAACAGAGGUUCAGGCCCAAUAACAUAUUAAAGCUUUUCUACUUCAGACUAAAGAACAACAGUCUCUAAGUGUUCGAGGGAUUAAUUCCCCAAUGUUUGGUUUUCCUCUCCUUAUUGAGUUAAGACACACGGGAUGAGAUCCAGACCUCCGAAUGGUUCUGAUUGGUUCAGUAAACCCGUCUGGUUCUGACUUGUUUGCGACAGUUUUAUUUCAGAUUGAGAGAUAACAAACCGUGAAAAGUCCUUGGUUUUUGAAACCAGCCUUAAAGGGAUAUUCUGGUGUGAAAUUAAAACAAACCGUAACACUGAGUUAGACACCCCAUUAAGAGAUGAACGUUGCAGACUGCUUGCUUCUCUACUCUGAUUUUCUUUCUCUUUGGUUUUUUAACGACACAGAGGAGUAAACUUUCUUCUUCUUAAAUCCGACCUCUCUCUGCUCCACUAGUCUCUAAACACUCCUUUAAAAAUAUCCAGAGCUCUGAGCUUAAUCUCCAGACCCCCCAGAGCUUUAGAGAAGUGCUUUCCCCCCAACAGGGACUGGGGUUGUCAAUAAUGUCCUGAGGCUUUAUGUAGAUCCUGCUCCUGCAAAGGUACUGGAUUAGUGUUCUGCAGUGAGGGCUGACAGUUUUGGAGUUUACAAACUUCUCCUGCAGGAUACAUGACUUUAAAGUUUGUUUGUCGUCAUCAUUUUCUUCCGCUUCAUCCUGGUCCGGGUCAUGGGGGCAGCAGGCCAGGCGAGAGAUAUAAUCCCUCCACCUGGUCCUGGGCCGGCCACGAGGGUCUCCACCUGGUGGGACAUGUCUGGAACACCUCUAACGGGAGGCGUCCAGAAGGCGUCCUAACCAGAUGCCCUCCACCCGCCCCGGCUGCGCCUAGAGAUUCUGUCCAUAAAGUUUCUGAACAGAACCGGUUGAGAUAUGUAUGCGUAGAUAAAGUGACCUUAAUAAAGUGACUGUUGUUUAUAAAUCUGUGGAAAAUACGACGAGAACAGGGACAUGCACGACCCAAAACUCUCAAACGGACAUUUAAGACGUCAGACAUUUUAAGGACAUCGGCCUCUCUGACUACGGUGAAACAAAACGCCACCUCAGCCGGAUCCAAAGACCAAUAACGUGGGCAGACGACCCUGAGACGAUGAAAAGACGACGUUGAAAACCUCCUUGUCAAGAACUCGACUCACUAAUCUGCAUGCAAACUUCUGAAACACUUUCUUUCCUUUUUCUAUAGAUGAAUAUCAAGAGGCUGACAAAAGAGCUCUUUUCCUUGAAUCCUGAAGAUGUCGUCCUUAAACAAAACAAGGAAAGUGUUCAGAAGUCGACCUCCGAGUCAAACUGCAGAAUAAAAUCUGCAUUCGAUAAAGAGAAGAAAACUUUUACAGCCAAGACGAUAAAGAGAGUCUGAUCUGAAGCUGCUGUCUGCUGCGGUGGAGGAAGUUUAAUAAUGGAUCCUAAUGACGUCAUGAACCGCUCCUUUAUAUCUGAUGUUAGAGACGCUUCCGUUUAAAAAUGAUCCCUGAUUUCUAUUUUCAGGUUCGGAGUCUUUAUGUGGAGGAGGGAGCAGAUGUCGGCUUUUACGAAAUAAUGCCGCUUAAUUCUGGAAGGAGCUCAAUCGUCGCAGCGUCUAAUGAAAGAACCUGAAAUCUGGCAGCGCUCUGGUACUUCUCUUUUUCAUUAUUUUCGCUCGAGCUUGAUGCCAAAUUCUGCUUUUUUUCCUCUCUCUUUUAUAGUCGAUAUCAGGAGUUUCCAGCAGCACAGAGACGAUCGGAAAAAAACGUCAUUUUUAUUAUUAUUAUGGUUUGGACCGUUUCUGCUGAAAAGUCAGUCUCAGUGUUUCUGAAACUUUAUUCCUAAAACUUUCUCCCUUGACAUCGUUGGGCAGAAAGUUCUUCAGUGACCCUUCAAGAUAAAAACAAACUUUUCUAUUAAAAGUUUAGUUUCGAGCGAAAUAUCUGACUUUCCUGUUGCUACAUCAUCCUGGCUUGAACCCGUUCUGGCACAAAGAUGGAUGAGGAUGUUUCUUAUAAUGGAUAAUAUUUCCUCCUGAGUGCAGCUGAGUGCUUCAUUUAUAUUUCAGGGUCCAGCUGUACUGCGGAGAUUUCUACUCGAGUUUCUUUCUUCAACUUUGAUUUAAAAAACACAAAACCUGCAGGAACACAGGUCCGAACACGGGUUUGAACACGGGUCCGAACACGGGUCUGAACACGGGCCCGAAUGUGUCCCUGACGGCUCACCUCUCUCCAGAGUCAUCGGUCUGUAAACAUGAGUGGACCUUUGUUGAGACGAGUUUGACGAACUCAGCUGCAUGUGUUUUCUAUCCGGAGUGAGUCAGCGCCGCUUUGAUCCUGUCGGCGCUGAGCGAGAGCGGGAGGAGCCGACCGCCCUCAGCCAACUCGCCGGGCUGAUUCAGCUCACUGGAGCGUGUGUGUGUGUGUGUGUGUGUGUGUUUAUUAUCAAGUGAGUGUAUGUGCCAUAAAAAAGGUGUCUGGAUGUUUCACGGCCCGGUUUUCUCAGAGUGUUUCCAUGUAAGCACUUGUGUGUGAAUGUGGGAAUGUCAGUGUGUCUCCUGACGGCUGUGACUGACCUACAUCACAGAGCUGUCAUGCUGAGCGGUUAUCUCUGGGCGUGUGUGUGUGUGUGUGUGUUUGUGUGUGUUUACGGCACAGCUGGUGCGACUGUUUCCCUCCUGAGUCGAGCUGAGUCAUUCCUUUUUCAUAUCGUUUCAGAUUCGUCUCCUUUUCACUUGAGAAAACCAGCACCAUGAAAAUACCUGUUAUUGUAAUACCAUGCGUGGCCACUGGGGGCGGAUUAUACUAUUUGACGAUAUCAGGGACACUACAGGAUAAGUCAGGGAACAUUUUCGAGGUGAAACCGAAUCUCCUGAAAAUAUCGGCGAGUUCGGCCGAUUACCGAUUAGUCUCAAACGGGCUAAAAUUGGCCGAUUUAAUCAGCUUGCCGAUAAAUCGGUCGGGCCCGACUUAAAAUCGACUCUAAGGCUACGUUCACACUGCAGGUUAUGAUGCACAAUUCGGAUUUUUUUGUUAAAUCCGAUCUUUUUGUGCGAUCGUUCACAUUGAAUGAUAACGGAACGCGGUUGGAAGUGACCCGCAUGCGCACAAAUCAGGACGUGACGCGGUGUUCGCCUUCUAUUUUGGCUUGAUCUGACCGUCUCCCCGUAUUUUCAUCAUCGCUGAUGUUUCUUCUUUUCGCCACUGGCUGUUUUCCGUUCCCUCGUCCGCCAUUGCUUUCCGCGCCUGUUCGGCAAUGUCCACACUGCAGGUCGAUUCCGAUCUUUUAACCGUAUGUGACUCAUAUCUGAUUUUUUCAUGUAAGUGUGAACAGUGCGAUUCUGAUUUUCAUCCGUUCUUUACGUCGUCAAUAUGUGAACGACCGCAAAAAAAGAUCGGAUUGAACAAAAAAUCGGAAUUGUGCGUCAUAACCUGCAGUGUGAACGUAGCAUUAGUGUUGUCGAACAAUGGUGAUGUUUGUCGCAUAUUGGCGACGUAUAGGUUGGACGAAAGCGCCUGAGCGUCCACACUACAGUCACAUCGGAAACAUAUCCGAUUUAUAUCCACGUACAAAAGAGGCCUGGGUCGGAUUAGAACAAAUCGGAAUUGACCUGUUCACACUUAGAUGAAAAAAUCCGAUAUGUGUCACAGAUGGUUAAAAGAUCGGAAUCGACCUGCAGUCUGAACGUAGCCUUAAAGACACAGGUAACCAACGCAGAGAUUUCUGGUCUUGCGUGAAGCCGAAUUUUGUCGGAGCUGAAGCUGAGAAAUGUUCUUUUUAGGAAGAUAAGAGAGGAGAGCGCGAAGAAGAGUCUCUGCGAUGGCUUGAGAGAGGAAGUGGCGAACUCUGGAGAUGUUCUUCAAAUGAUAAAACGCCGUUUUGGUAACAUCUCAUACGUGCGGCUCCAACCUGAGGUCUGAAUCAAAUGUAACACCAAGAAUUUUAACUUCUUUGCAGAGUUUUUGCUCCAGUUUCUCUCUCAAACCGAGUUUUGUCCUGAUCCAGAACGCUCCUGGAUUAAAUUUUCCUUUUCCGGCGAUAGUUUUUGGUCAGGAAGUCAUGAUUCGUUCGUCACGUUCGUCUGUUUUGGAAAGUAAGUCUCUGAAAAUCUUCAAACUCUCUCAGACUUUUCCUCCGCCCACACGCGACUAAAUCUGUCCAAGUUUGUAAAAAGGUUAUUUUAGUUUCUGGGUGAAUAUUUAAUGUUCGGAGAUCGUGAAACCGCUCGAUGAUGCCCACUGCAGCCGCCGUGAGCCGUCCAACAUCUCCAGGUCUGAGGUGGAGCUCUGCAGCUUCAGGGCACUUUGACAACACGGUCAGGAAUUCAGGAGAGAAAGUUUCCGAUAGAAAAACAUCUUAAACUUUUGAUAAUCCUGUAUCCUGGACUUCUUUAAAAACCUGUGGGAGGUUCUGGUCCGACAGAGUUUCUCCAUCAAUCCUCUGAAACGGUUCCUCACCUGUCUGAUGAUGAUGGGGUUUUAUUUUUAGAUUUAUCGUCAUCCUGAGUCUCUCCUGACUGUCUCAUCCUUUAACUCCGCUGAUAUUCGAUGGUCUGUCACGCUCUGGAGAUUACCUGCUCGUCUAUUUCCAGCAGUAAUCUUUAAUAACCCGACAUCGUGAGCGUGCGAUCUCGUCAUCCGGGCAAAAAUUUCUCCUGUAGAUUCAGAGGAAAAAGUCGUUUCUGUUUCGUCCCCUCACCUCCGUCCGUGUUCCUCUGUCUUCCUCAGGUGAUGAGUACCUGACUGCGGAUGAACACGUGAUCGGAAAAAUGGAGGCCAUCGCCGCGCUCAACGCCACACAGGACGAGUUCCUGCCCGACGAUGACCCCGAACACCUGGUUUACCCCGACUUUGAGCAGAUGGCCGGCGCCAACCCUCCGGCGAUGCCCACGUUGGUGUUCGAGGGGGUGAACUUUCCCGAGGACUCCAUCAAGCUGCUGAGCGUUCAGGUAGACGCGUCAUGACCUCCAGAGAAACUAAGAAAACGUAAAUAUUUGUCGUCCUGAUUGUCGUUUUGUUCUUUUCAGGUGGUUUUAAUCUUGGCCUACAGCACCAUCAUCGUCCUGGGGGUUCUGGGUAAUUCCCUCGUCAUCUACGUCAUCUACCGCUUCAAGACGCUUCGCACCGUCACCAACUUUUUCAUCGCCAACCUGGCUGUCGGUACGUGACACAGCGAGUCUGAUACAGAGCUGUUGUGUGUGUGUCUGUGUGUGUGUGUCCCUGCCCUCUGUAGGUCGUCUGCGAUGAUGACUCAAACAUCUGUCAGCUGUUCCAGUCGAUCUCUCUCUGAUGUCUGGGCUUCCUGUCGUCUCGCACAGAGAUGGAAUCAAACGUUGAUCGUUCACGUGUUUGACAUUCACAGGAAGAGAAACCGAAUCCUCAGAUUAGAGACGCGCGGCCUCUCAGUUUCUACAUACGUCUCCACAUCAUAGAUGUUCGUAUGUUAUGUAACAUGUACGCCUCAAAGGGCGGGAAACUCCGGUCUGAUCAGGAUCAUCAUGAAAGAGAGGGAGUCAGGACUAGAGCUAAAGUAUAGACGGCUCAGAUUUGGACCCUGGACCGCCACAGGUGGGUGGGGGUAUCUAGAUGUGGGUUUGCACCCCAACAGAUUCAGAUGCACGGACAGAUAAGACUGUCCAGGAAGACCUCCGAGGACACUUACCCCCAAUUCCCACCGCAUCCUGAACGGCUACGAAAAGGUCGUAUCCUCCGAUCGUAGCUGAUCGUAGACGAACAAGUGAAAGGUUUUUAGAUGUCAUUUCACCCCGAUGACACCAAGGAAGGACACAAUCUACUGCUUAUAUGUCUAUGUGUCUGUCUUUAGAGAGACAAAUCGUUAUUGGGCGAUUGAUCGUGAAUCCGCGGGUUCUUGUGAGUUCUCGCAAUCCUGCUGUCCGUAAUCCGCACUGAAAUUCGCCUCACAAACGAAUCUGGUAGGAAUUGGUAAAAAUCACCAGACCUCAGGCCAGUCCAUUAUGGACUACAGCGGGGUGCCACAGCUCAAGGAAGAACAUUUAUGAUCAUUUCUUCAUGGAAAUACAAUCAGACCGAGACGCUAAGGCAGAAGAACUACCGCGUCUGUAAAAUGAUUAAUAUGAUGAUUAUUACUUCAAGGAAAUGAUAAAGAAAUGAUCAUAAAUGUUCUUCCUUGAGCUGCGGCACCCCGCUGUAGUCCGUAAUGGACUGGCCUGAGGUCUCUCUAUAAACAAGCGUCUGCUGGAAGAGAGUAGGUGAGUUGUGUUUAGUCUCUUUGCUAAAGUUAAAAAGAUGUUUGGUGUCUAGUACUAUGUCUGUGACCCUAUAUGUACUAACCUCAGUAGAACAUGGUGUAGUUCUGUUCAGUAACAGAACCUCAUUGGAAAAUUAGCUGAUUUAACUUUACUGUGCUCUUGUUCACAUAUAUUAACUCAACAGCACAUAAAUCCAUACCUGUUAACAAAAUCAUGAUUUUAUUGAUAAUUCGGCUCAAUAAAAACACCUUUACCUUUUCAUUUUUACUACAGUAGAACGUUCAUCUCUGGAGGGGGGGUCUAACUUGGUGUUUUGGUGUUUGACCCUGAAUUAAUUUCACGCCGGAAUGUCGCUUUAAUGUGGGACGGGGUUGAGCUUCUUGUGGAAUAGUUAUCGUCCGUUUAUCGUUAUCGAGGUGAACUGGGGCCCUAAGAUUCGGUUUUUUCCAGGUCCACCUGUCAGACUCGGUUCAGAUCUGUCAUCCUGGACUCUGGUCUUCAGGAGACGUUCCUCUAGUGCGGCCGUUUUAAAGCGUGUGUGUGUGUGUGUGUGUGUGAGCGUCUGUUCUCCUGUAAAUGAGCUGAAUGCUGAUGAAGCAGCAUCUGUUCAGACUCUCGGUCCACCAACACUCUGGAUUCUCUCCAGCCAACCUCAGCCAGGACCGGGCAGCAGUCAGACCUAAUUAUCCGCGGAGACCGUCAGGACUUUGCCGUUUGUGUUUUCCCUUCAGUUUGGAAGGAUUAACCCGCCGAGCCUCACAGGAAGACGCCUCGACUUUGACUGGAAGGAAGCGGCAGCAGAGUCCACCUCUGAACCAAUCAUCUGUUUUCCACUAAAUACCCGCUCAGACGCACCGAAACGUUUUUUUUUUUUACUCCUAAUGAGACAAAGCGUGAGGACGCCAGAUUCACAAAUCCUCCGCCUGUGAAGCCACGCUCCACGCUCAGCUGUGAGGUUUCCAGCUGGUGCCAAUUAAUCUCUCUCUCUCUCUCUCUCUCUCUGUAUCUUUGUCUUUACGGCGUAAAAGAGAAAACUAAAGAGUGAAGAGAGAGAGAGGGUUUAAUGCACUGAUAUAAAGAGAGGAGCGAACCCGAGCGACUUCUGAACAAGUUUAAUUUUAUUAUCCGAACAUAUGAAGGUAUAAAGAGAGUCGAGUUGAAUCAUAACAAAAGAAAAUAAAGCAGUUUAAUUCACAACUUCAUUACACAGGCCAGUGAAUCAGAGCGUCAAACUGAGGGAUUAAUGAAGAGUGAAGUGUAAUAACUGUGUGUGUGUGUGUGUGUGUGUGUGUGUGUGUAUGUGUGUGUGUGUGUGUGUGUGUGUGUGUGUGUGUGUGUGUGUGUGUGUCAGAUAAUGAACAAUAAUGAAAAUUAAAAACACGAGAGCAGACUUCACAGCGGAGGAGAAACAGUUUUUUAAAAAGGUAAAACAGAGAAGAGGACGACAGUGAUGUGGUUUCUCUUCAGCACCACGGACAGCAACUGUUCCCGUCAACAUCAGACGGUUUACAGCCGUAGAGAUGGAGGAAGGCGUGUUUGAUGGGUUUACUGGUGAAGCACUGGGAGAUAACUGGGAGGAGACUUCCAGGGCUUACUUUAGUGCCUAACAACAUCUCACAGUCAACAAGAAAACAGUCAACAAAAAACAGUCAACCAGAAAACAGUCAACCAGAAAACAGUCAACAAGAAAACAGUCAACAAUAAAACAGUCAACAAAAAACAGUCAACAAAAAACAGUCAACAAGAAAACAGUCAACAAAAAACAGUCAACAAAAAACAGUCAACCAGAAAACAGUCAACAAGAAAACAGUAAACAAGAAAACAGUCAACAAAAAAACAGUCAACCAGAAAACAGUCAACAAAAAACAGUGAACCAGAAAACAGUCAACAAAAAACUGUCAACCAGAAAACAGUCAACAAGAAAACAGUCCACAAUAAAACAGUCAACCAGAAAACAGUCCACAAUAAAACAGUCAACAAAAAACAGUCAACAAAAAACAGUCAACAAGAAAACAGUCAACAAAAAACAGUCAACAAAAAACAGUCAACCAGAAAACAGUCAACAAGAAAACAGUCAAGAAAACAGUCAACAAAAAACAGUCAACCAGAAAACAGUCAACAAAAAACAGUCAACCAGAAAACAGUCAACAAAAAACAGUCAACAAGAAAACAGUCAACAAAAAACAGUCAACAAGAAAACAGUCAACAAGAAAACAGUCAACAAUAAAACAGUCAACAAAAAACAGUCAACAAAAAACAGUCAACCAGAAAACAGUCAACAAGAAAACAGUCAACAAAAAACAGUCAACAAAAAACAGUCAACCAGAAAACAGUCAACAAGAAAACAGUCAACAAAAACAGUCAACAAGAAAACACUCAACAAAAAACACUCAACAAGAAAACAGUCAACAAAAAACAGUCAACAAGAAAACAGUUAACAAGAAAACAGUCAACAAGAAAACAGUCAACCAGAAAACAGUCAACAUAAAACAGUCAACAAGAAAACAGUCAACAAAAAACAGUCAACAAGAAAACAGUUAACAAAAAACAGCCAACAAGAAAACAGUCGUUGUCGUUGUUGUUGUUGACUCAUGUUUGACUCACUGUCGGUUCAGCGGCUCAGAGGGUUUCAUGUCCUUUUAGUUAUCGUCUGUUUACUCAGAUCAGGUUUCUGUGGUUCAAACAUCAGAGUCUGGAGAAGACGGACCCCCAAUUUCCGCCGCAUCCGGAGGGGCUAUGAAAAGGUCGUGUCCUCCGAUCGUAACCAUUCAGGUUAACGUGUCGAUUUCCACCGACUUCUCUCCGUUCCUCUGCGGAUCACCGGACUCCUCAGCUGAUCUCAAGAGUUCUAUUUUUUCCGGACGCCGGAGCAUGGCGGAUAAAUUCAGCACAGAUUGACCCGUGCUGGAAGGAAGUCGGGCACAGACACAAAAUAAAACAUCCGGCUUCUUUUCAAAAUGAAACACAACCUUUCACUUGUUCGGACGGAGACGAACAAGUGAAAGGUUUUUAGACGUCAUUUCACCCCGAUGACACCAUGGAUGAGGAGAUGCUGAUUCUAGAAGUCUAGAAGUAGAUUUCCUCCUCUGGAAGGACACAAUCUACUGCUUAUAUGUCUAUGUGGCUGUCUUUAUAGAGACAACUCGUUAUCGCGCGGUUGAACAUGAAUCCACAGGUUCUUGUGAGUUCUCGCGAUUCCUGCUGUCUAUAAUCCACUACGAAAUCCGCCUCACAAAUGGAUCCGGUAGGAAUUGGCGUACGGCAAAAAUCGGUGCCUUUCUUCUGGGUGGAGUCUAGGAUAGAAAAUCACUUUUCGAGGUCCAAACAAUCUAGAAAGUCUGGAACACAGAGACGUCUGAUCUGAUCUGAACCACCUCAGAACUGAUUCCAUGUAGAGCUUCUUCUUCUUCAAGUGACUUCAGAUCAAUUAUUCAUCGUCCUUCGAUCCUCGAACGUUCUCGACUUCAAACUACAAAAAUCACUAAAAGAGUAAAAAGAAAAAAGGAGAAGAAGAAGAGAUGAGAAGACUGAAACAGGAGCUCUGAGUUCUGGGAGACAGCUCUGUAUCUAUACGAGGACUUUAAAACGUGCGUAUUAAUGAAUCAGACUCUGAUUGUUCAAAUCUUAUCCUGGUGUAAGUUUGUGUUUUUUUGAUUUUAGACGGAGAAUCACAGAGAGAAUCAGAGGAACAGCGGUCUGUCCGCCCUGCAGGAUUUAUUUCUACAAAGUCAGAAUAAAAGAGUCCGUCAGUGAAGUCGCUUUAAUAAGACGACACUCCGAUAAUUGGACGAAGUAUGGAAGUUUCUUUUCUCUUCUCGGCGUCCUGUGAAGUUCACAAACAACCUCGUAGAGCCGGGAGCUUUUUUUUUUCCUGUUUUGAAAUGUGUCUGAAAAUUGGAAGCAAAGUUAAACUCUCUGCCGGCUGUUAUGAGUUAAAACACACACUACUACUACACACACAAGGACACACACUCCUAAUCUGUGUCGACCUGAAAAAACAUGAUUAACUUGUUUUUGCCUUCAGAGUUUCUUUGAAAUGACUCGGUCUGGAGAAAACACAGUAUCUUAAAUAGACGUUCACACCUGCUCUGAGGUAAAAAAACUUUAAUUAUAAAAGUUUUUAUUCAAGAGAAUCUCUGUCUCUGUCUCUGUCUCUGUCUCUGUUUCUGUCUCUGUCUCUGUUUCUGUCUCUGUCUCUGUUUCUGUCUCUGUCUCUGUUUCUGUUACUGUCUCUGUUUCUGUUACUGUCUCUGUCUCUGUCUCUGUUUCUGUCUCUGUCUCUGUUUCUGUCUCUGUUUCUGUCUCUGUCUCUGUCUCUGUUUCUGUUUCUGUUUCUGUUACUGUCUCUGUCUCUGUCUCUGUCUCUGUUUCUGUCUCUGUCUCUGUCUCUGUUUCUGUUUCUGUCUCUGUCUCUGUCUCUGUCACUGUCUCUGUCUCUGUCUCUGUCUCUGUCUCUGUCUCUGUUUCUGUUACUGUCUCUGUUUCUGUUUCUGUCUCUGUCUCUGUUUCUGUCUCUGUCUCUGUCUCUGUCUCUGUUUCUGUCUCUGUCUCUGUUUCUGUCUCUGUCUCUGUUUCUGUUUCUGUCUCUGUCUCUGUCUCUGUCUCUGUUUCUGUUACUGUCUCUGUCUCUGUCUCUGUCUCUGUUACUGUCUCUGUCUCUGUUUCUGUCUCUGUCUCUGUCUCUGUCUCUGUCUCUGUUUCUGUCUCUGUCUCUGUCUCUGUUUCUGUCUCUGUCUCUGUCUCUGUUUCUGUUUCUGUCUCUGUCUCUGUUUCUGUUUCUGUCUCUGUUCCUGCAGCUGAAUUCCAGUUUGGUGGAUGUCCGUCUUACAGAGAAGAAUCAAUAAUUAGAAUAAUAAGGAGUUGCAGUUCACUUUGUUUGCCUUAGGUGUCGCUGUCUUGUUAUCUCAGGAAUAAAGGUAGCUCUCUCUCUCUAGGUCGUCCUCAGACGAGCCUUCCAUCGUCUCUUCAGUCAUCCUGAUUCUCUGUCCAUCUCUCCAGUUCGUUGGUCCUCUGAGCUCCUGCGUCCUUCUUGAGUAUGUCCACGUAUGUUAGUGUAGGACGUCCUCUUGACUGAUGACCACUUGUUGGUUCCCACAGUCCCUGAUGUCUUUGUCAGUGUCCUGCUCGUCUCCUUCUCUUACAGCGAUCUUCUCACUCACCCUUGUAUUCCCUCGGACAGCGUUCUGUUGGUCACAUGUGCGUUGUCGCUGAUGUUCAGCGCUGCACACAACAUCCUGGUGGAGAUCCUGGGGAUUUCUCCAGGGUUGGCUUCAGGGUCUUGCUGACUGUUUUCUUGUUGACUGUUUUCUUGCUGACUGUUUUCUUGUUGACUGUUUUCAUGUUGACUGUUUUCUUGUUGACUGUUUAUGGUUGACUGUUUUUUUGCUGACUGUUUUCUUGUUGACUGUUUUCUUGUUGACUGUUUUGGUGUUGCCUGUUUUCUUGUUGCCUGUUUUCAUGUUGACUGUUUCCAUGUUGAGUGUUUUCUUGACUGUUUAUGGUUUACUGUUUUUUGCUGUUUUCUUGUUGACUGUUCAUGGUUGACUGUUUUCUUGUUGACUGUUUUUUUGCUGUUUCCUUGUUGACUGUUUUCUUGUUGACUGUUUUUUUGCUGUUUCCUUGUUGACCGUUUUCUUGCUGACUGUUUUCUUGUUGACUGUUUAUGGUUGACUGUUUUCUUCCUGACAGUUUUCUUGUUGACUGUUUAUUGUUGACCAUUUUCUUGUUGACUGUUUUUUUUUGCUGACUGUUUUCUUGUUGACUGUUUUCUUGCUGACUGUUUACUUUUAUUUUCAAUCUUCUACAAACACCUGAAGUUGAACUAGAGGAGUUCAGAAACUGAAAACUCAGAGUUCGCCUCUCUCUCUCUCUCUCUUUCUCUCUCUCUCUCUCUUUUUUUUUUUUACGGUGACACUAAAAGUGAAAAAGUUCCUGCUGCCUGACGGAGAACAAAGGCGACUAAAAAUAAAGAACAGAAGAAGAAGAAGAAAGAAAGCGACCUGCUUAGUUUGAGACAAACGCUUCUCUUUGUUGAAGUCAGGAGGGAGAUACGGGACGGAGGGCGAACGAGGACGAAAGACAGAGAGAGAGAGAGAGAAACAGAAGUAAAAGAGAGGAAGAAAGGGAGGGGACCCAAGUGAACGCCAUCAUAUCCAUGAACCAUAUGUCCAAAAACAACUCUAUCUCAGUUAUACUCUGAACUCUCUCUGUCGUUGUUCUUCCUCUCCUCUCUUUCUGUCGUUUAUUUUUACCCUCCGCUCUCUCGUGUGUCACAUGUCGUCCGCACUGACCUGUCUGACACGUGUCUCUUUUAUUAUUUGUCACCGUGAGUCUGAGGACCUGACCCUUUUACCCUCUGGGGACCGUAGAUGAUCCACGACUCAGAGCGGUUUCCUGACGAAGACGAACAUCAUAGAUGAAUGUUUGAAUGUUUCAGUCAGAGACGCUGAUGAAUUCGGGAACAUCAGGAAGUCUGUUAGCUUUAGCGUUGCCACGAUACUAACAUUUCAAACUUGAUGUUGAUACCAAGGAAACUGAACCCAUCGUCUAUGUUGACCCGGCUUUUUAGCUCUUGUCCGGUCUACCUCCGUUUUAAGCGCCCGUUAUUCCGCCAGAGUCUCCGGUAUUUACUUUGUUUUCUGCAUCUUCAAGAGAAGAAAACACGUUAGCGUAGUUUUGUAGUCAAGACCGCACCAACCGAGACCGAGACAUUAACGAGACCGAGACAAGACAGAGUGAAAAUGCCUUCGAUUCCGACACCAAGACCCUCAAAUACGGUCUCGGAACCAAGACCGAUCUCGAGUACUCCAACACUACUGUAUGGAAACCGUUAGCUUACCUGUCUUCAUGCUUCCUCUCGAGGUGACGGUAAAAGUUUGAAGUCCUUCCAGCUGUUUCGAGUGUUUUUCGCUUGCAUGUCGUUUUGAGUUUUGAAAUAAACUCUUCGUGGUUUAGGAAACCAAACUUAAUUAUUGCCGAGUUGGCGGACAUCUUUCAUGACGAGUUCAGCGGGUGCCGCUAACUUGGCACUCCGAGACCGAGACAAGAGCGAGUGAAAAUGCCUUCGAUUCCGAGACGACACCAAGACCCUCAAAAAAUGGUCUCGAGACCAAGACCGAUCUUGAGUACUACAACACUACGUUAGCGAGCUAAUGGCUAAUAACAAAACAACCAACCGCAGCUACUGAGGAUUGAUGCUAGCCACCGGUGCGACUAACAUCAUUAAUCAGUUGACUGCACUACGGUAAAGGACGAACGUAAUCUUUACGAACCCGCCGGAAUUCGUCAUGGAGGCCAGGGUGCCGGUCCUUGUGGUGUUAUGCCAAAUUCAUCGUACUACUCGACUUUGUGCCAUACUGCAGCGGUAAAUGUGGGUCAGAAAGCGGGAUGAGGGGUUUGCAGACUGCCGGGCGCUGUCAGCCGGGUCGGCCGCCCUGCUUGCAGAGUGUGCGCUGCGGGCACACGCACUGUAGUAUCGAUACCACGGCAAAUUUGUAUCGUAUCUGGAUACAGCGUGUAAGUAUCGCUACUUUUGACGACCCUGGUUAGCUUUAUUUUCAUGUUCUGGACUCUGAUUGGUCCAGACUACCUGAGUAAUGACAGCAGACCAAAUAACGAACCUGAGCUCGCUGACAGGAAGGAGGAGAUCUGUCUCUGUCAGUGACGAUCCAACCAUCUGAAGUGAGGAACACAUGUCCGUUUCCACAUGUGUGAGAAAUGUCUGAUCGUCAUGAAGAAACGGUGAAACCUCUUCAUGUUGGAGCGAUAACGGCGGUCCGACAGCUAAAUAAAGACAGAGAGAGAGAGAGAGAGAGGGAGAGAGAGAGAGAGAGAGAGAGAGAGAGAGAGAGAGAGAGGCGGCGGUCUAACAGAUGUGAGGUCAAACAGACGGCGGCGGGAUGGUUGGAUUGUUUUCAGUUUUUCUUCCCUGGAGGAAACUGUGAAGCGGACGGACGAUCAGACGAAGAUAAAAAGUGAAAUGAGCGAGUGAGCGCUCCCUCGCCACCGCCGCCUGGGCCCGCGGCGUCUCGUUUCUACACUCUCCUCAUUAUUUCUCCCCGUCUCUGUCGUCUGUUUCAUCGGGAACAAUGAGAGCUGUCUCAUUACUGAUGAUGUUCGAUGUUUGCAGACACUUAAACUCUCGUUUGGAGGGUGAUCGAUGUUCACGUCGCUGCACAAUCAUGUCCGCUCUCCUCCUCUCCUCCUCCUCCUCCGUCAGCUGAUGGAGUUAUUUGAGCCGCUCGUCUUUCUCUGCCGGUAAAGCAGCUAUCAACAACUUUGGCGCACGGUUAACUCGAUUUACCCUCGAGGAUGAUGGGACAUCCACGUGAGACGGGGACCAGAUUAGCCGCUCAGACCCUGAUCUGGGUGAUCUGAGCUCAUGUGGACCUUUAUGGAGAAUCGAUGCUGGACUGUAGGAGGAGGAGGAGGAGGAGGAGGAGGAGAACUUUGACUGUUAUGGUGGUGGUCUGGGAUUUCAACAGAGGAGAGUUUGAAAGUCUCCUCCUUUAUUUUAAAAACAGUGUCUGUAAAAAACAAACAGAGGAACUUUUCCUCUGAUAUGAAGUCAGACAGUCACCAAACAAACCAAAAGUUCGGCCUCUGUAUAAAAAGUCGGACUCCGCUCCACUCCAGGCGGCAGGCAGAUCGAAUACACGAGCUUACAGCGCCCGGUAUUUACCGAUAUUUCUCGCGCGACUUGACGAGAUCUCUCGGAAUCUUUCCCCGUGAGACUGAGUGUCUCACGGCCAAUUGGUGUAAAUAAACGGUGACGUUAUAGUCCGAUGUUAUCGAGUCCUAGCCUGGCCGGGCCAUCCUGUUGCGUGAAUCACUUGCCGUUCCUUCCCACAACAGUCUGGACUUCGGUCAAUAGAGAGCGUGUAUUAGCGAUCAGAAAAUAACCAGGCCAAUCAGAGACCGUGUUUCCACUGUUACCCUGACAACAGGGAAAGGCAGCCCCUGAUUGGUCCAUGUGUAGACGGUGACGUCUAACAUAUGCUGCGCGACUUUUCAAAGCGCCGUUUAUUCAGAACGCCGUUAAUUCUGCAGUUGACUCUGCAAAGUCGGCAGAAAUCGUUUAUAUCCGACGUCUUCUGAGGAUAUAAACGAUUUCUGACGACUUUGCAAACUCUCUCGCUGGGUGAUCUUCAUGAUGUUGCGUUUGUCUGAGUAUCACGGGUCUCUGGGUAGCUUCAGCAUUUCCAUUGACAUCUUUGAAGGCAAUCCUUGUUUCCACAUGGUGAACAUGAACUCCAAAUCCGCCAUAUUUUGGUUCUCUCUCCUGUUACUGUGCCGAGGACCCUGAGUCUUCACCAGGGAAGACUCACAUGGUUGGAUAACUCUGGGUCAGGGUUGUUCUGGUCCACACGAGGCCAAAGUUUCAGAGACUUUAAAACCCGAUCGUCUCAGCAUUUAGAGGAGUUUCUUUUUUACCUUAUCAUGACCUUCAGGGGAGCAGAAUCCAGUCCAGGGAUUAUAAACUUCCUCGAACCAUUACUGAGAGUUUGAGUCAAAGUGCUGAUUUAGUGAAACUUCGGAUAGAGGAGGUGAUUGAUGGAACGUUAAUGUCACUUCCACACGUGUGUGUGACGGCGCUGUAGUGGAGUUAAAGGAGAAGAGCUGACUGUGUGAGAUCGAUGUCUCGUUGAAGACGCUCUGAUUCAGAAAACUCCGUCAUAACGUCAUCCGAGUCCCCGUCCUGAUUCGGAGUUCAUUCCUCUGUUUUCUGUUUGUUUUCUCCUUCGCCGCUCUGACCCCCUCUCCCUCUCUCUCUCCCCCCCCUCUCUCUCUCUCUCUCUCUCUCUCUCUCUCUCUCUCUCUCUCUCUCUCUCUUCUCUUUUCUCUCUGCCCUGAAGCGUCGUCUCAGAAAUCUAAACUCCGUGUUCGAGGACCCAGAGGAGCGCCGAGCUCAGAUCACAGACCCUGAACAGACUUUAGUUUUGGGCUAACACGGUUUGGCAGGAUGCCCUUAUCCCAGAUUUCAUAUCCCACAAUGCUCUGGUUCAGGGAGGUCAUGGACUCUCCUGCUUUAGUCCCCGCCGGGCUCUCCUGUACCAGACAGACUGUCAGGUCUCAUCCGAGGUCUAAUGGAUGACCUGAUCGGUGCAGCUGAACCUGCUGACCGGCGUUCCCUCACACCUCCUCCAAAAGCUGAUUGAUCACAGACGGCGGGGCGUCCAAUCACAGCGGGGCGUCCAAUCGCAUCUGUCUUCACUCCGAUUGAACAAGAUGGAUGAAGACAGAGACUGUGAAGCGGUCAAUAAUAGAGCUGUCCGUCACAUCACACCCUUUAACCAAUCACAGCUCGAGGCGGUCCAUUCUGAACCCGCCCCCUCCUCACUGAGACCGUCUACGCCUCCUCCUGAUUGUGAGUUCAGGUUCAGUUCACCUCGUUAGCUGCUUCAGGUGGUGAAAAAGAUUUGAGGUAUUCCCCGACUUUGUGAGAACAUGUACUCGACAUAAUUUACAGUCCACAUUACUCUGCUUCAUGUCCGACCUCAAAACACCAAAAUACCUCCACACCACCGACGUGGAAGAAAACGACAUCCUUCGCGAGGCCAAGACCAACUUGUGAAACUAAUGUUGCCAACCAAACGUCGCGCUGGCAGACCUUGGAACGGCGGACGAGCAACCAUCCCAACUGUCAAAAACCAAGUCCUGUCAGCGGGCCUCACCACCGCCAAACUCGAAGUCCUACGUCACCACCGACGUUUUCCUAACGCCAGUGUUGUGGUUGACAUUGAUGUGGUCAUCUGUUGAGCCUUCAUGGUCAUUUCUGUCGGGGGUAGCACUCAUUUUCUUUGUUUCUCACCAACAGUGCUGUCGGCUCCACCUGUUAAAGUGCUAUGGUUGGGUGUAGCUGCUGUGUGCUAUGAUGUUGUUUGUUACCUGGUUUAUUGACCAUGUUUUAUGUUGAUAUUGAGGGAAAUUCAUCUUCGGUAAUAUCGUUAUCAUUUAUCGCCCAGAUUUAACCCUCUAACCUUUGUUGUUUAGCUUUUCAUGAAUCCUGUUUUAUCUUGAGUGUUUAGAGUCAGAUCUCCUCAGGUUGUUUUUAUGAUGUCAGUGGAAAAUGUCACAGGAACACAGGUGGGUAAUAUCAAACGGUUUCACAGGUACAAGAUAUCAGGAGGUGUGAAUCUGUUUUGUCAGGAGCAGGUGUGAGACUGACCCCUGGGGUGGGGUUGUGGUCUCUGUGGGUCAGGGGUCGGUCUCUCUGCGGUUUCCUCCCAUCACACCGUGUUAGUUUACACAUAAUGUGCAUAAAUAAUCAAUAAUGUUCUUAUCAGAGUGUCUGAAUCUGAACUGACAGGAUCGCUCCGUUCGAACGUCAUCUCUGUGUUUUUUAAUAACUCUGUCCUGACUGAACUCUCGCUCUCUCUGUGUUCCCGCCUCCAGCCGACCUGCUGGUCAACACGCUGUGCCUCCCCUUCACCCUCGUCUACACGCUGCAGGGAGAGUGGAAGUUUGGCAGCACGCUCUGCUUCCUGCUGCCCUACGCCCAGGGACUGGCUGUUCACGUCUCCACGGUGACACUCAACGUCAUCGCCCUGGACCGCCACAGGUGGGUGGGGCUUACGAUCAUUCCCAGGGUGAUGUUCAUGAAUCACAGUCGAUUAAGUCACUCAUCCUAAACAGAGUUGGAACUGCACUUAGUUUGUGUGUAAAGAUACUGAGACAGGGAGUUCUGCUUUUGUUCGCACAAGGAGGGAAGUAGCUGUUCGCCAGGAAGACGAAUAACAGAUAGAUGACGACAGGUGGGGGGUAUCUAGAUUACCCCAACAGACUCUACAUCAGAUACACUAACAGAUAACUGUCAGAAGACUGUCCAGGAAGACCUCCAAGGACACUUACCCCCAAUCCUAACUGCAUCCGGAACGACUACGAAAAGGCCGUAUCCUCCGAUCGCAGCUGAUCGUUUCCAUCCAAGUUAACGUGUCAAUUUACACCGACUUCUUUCCGUUCCUCUGCGGUUCAGCAGACUCCGCAGCCGAUUGCAAGGGUUCUAUUUUUUCCGGACGCCAGAUAAAUUCAGCAGUCGGGCACAGACGCAAAAUAAAACAUCCGGCUUCUUUUCAAAAUCGUAGACGAACAAGUGAAAGGUUUUAAGACAUCAUUGAGGAGAUGCUGAUUCUAGAAGUCUAGAAGUAGAUUUCCUCCUCUGGAAGGUCACAAUCUACUGCUUAUAUGUCUAUGUGUCUGUCUUUAUAGAGGCAACUCGUUAUCGCGCGAGUUCUUGUGAGUUCUUGCGAUUACCGCCGUCCAUAAACCACUGCGAAAUUCGCCUCACAAACGGAUCUGAUAGGAAUUGGCGGAUGGCAAAAAUUGCCAGAGCCGUUCCGGACCUCAGGCCAGUCCAUUUUGGACUACAGCGGGGUGCCGCAGCUUAAGGAAGAACAUUUAUGAUCAUUUCUUCAUGGAAAUACAAAAAACGGAUCUGGUAGGAAUUGGCGGACGGUGAAAAUCGCCACCGCACCGUAGUGGAGAACAAAGCGGAGAAACUCACUUGAAGUUGAAGUAGACUCCAUUCUUGUCUUCUCACUUCCACCCGGGACGCCUUAGGAUAGUAAGGGAAGGUCCCGCCCUCCUUCGCCUCUGAUUGGCUAUAAGUGCUGAUUGUUUGAUUUGAGCAUGUGAUAAUGUUUCCAGCUUUUCUAGCCAAUCAGAGGCGAAGGAGGCGGGACUUUCCCCGGGAAAAGUCUUUUCGGUGCGUCUUAUUCCCCCCAGAAAGUCGCAAAAUCGCAUCGGGUUUGAUGUGUGCAAAAUUCGCCUCCAAAUAUACCGCGUCAGCCCCGGUGUGUAAGGACCUUAAACCAUGAGGAGGUUCUUUCUGGUCGGCUUAUUUCCUGGCGUGUCUGUUUCUGCGUUUCUGCUCGCUCUUCGCUGACAUCCUCCGUUGUUAAAAUAUUCGAGAAUAUUCCGACCUCUGAGCUUCUCUCUGGAAAAGAGGAUUAAAACAACGAGGAGCGUUCAGACGGCGUCCGCUCUGACCCUUAAACCUCCACUUUUGUGAGCGCCGCUUACUUUGAGGUUGGCGUGUAGGUGUUAGGAGAACAUUUUUACAUUAACGCAGACCUGCCUGACCCCGAGGACCGGAUUUUAAAAACAGCUUUUAGACCUUUGAGUCACUUCGCCUUGAGCAGCGAUUCGACAUUAAAAAUCAACGGCGUGAAAAAAGAGAAGUUGUGUGGAUUGAACAAACUCUGAACAUUUCAUCUGUAAUCAUAAUUAGUCCUCGGAGACGGCUCUGAAGCUCGCACUGCUAUCCUCCACCUGUCCAGGGACUGAAACCAGGAACAAAGACGACUCCUCUCGUAUAAUUUACUUCACUGUUCAGAAUCAGCGUGUGGAAAAAGAUCGAGUCUGUCUGCAGAAACUGAUGAAGCACAAACAUCGGGCGGUCGAGAGAACGUAGACAAUGAUCAGUCUAGAUGUCACAGAAUGAUGAGGAUCAGAAUCUCAUUCUCAGGGUUACUAUUGCUGGUCCUCUCAGAUCUCGUCAAGUCAAACCCUGGACCCAGAUGUGUGAAGUGGAGUGACACUGAUGUGAUGACAGCGCGCGCGUGUGUGUGUGUGUGUGUGUGUGUGUGUGUGUGUGUGUGUGUGUGUUUCAGGUGUAUCGUGUACCACCUGGAGACCAGGAUGCGUAAAGACGUGUGUUUCGGCGUGAUUGCGCUGACCUGGGUGUUAAGUGCUGUACUCGCCAGCCCUCUGGCUAUCUUCAGAGAAUACGGCUCCUUCACUCUAGAGCCCGGACACACUAUCCAGGUACACACACACACACACACACCUGUGCCCCCCCACCUCCCUCAGAGCCUCUUUGAUCUCUCUGCUCCCUCCUUCAUUGCUGCCCCUCUCAUCCUCGACUGUCCCUCCUCCUCCUCCUCUUCAUCCCUUUCAUCUCUCCGUCUUUACAUCAUCAUGUCUUCGCUCUCCGCAGUCCUCCUCCUCCUCCUUCCUCUUCUUUUCUCUUUAAUCCCUUCACUCUUCUGCUUCGACGCACUGUCAUUAUGUUUCCUCUUUUCUUAGUCUAUAAGCUGGGUUUAUAAACUUCUACUGUAGUUAAAAUGAAAAGGUAAAGGUGUUUUUAUUGAGCCGAAUUAUCAAUAAAAUCAUGAUUUUGUUAACAGGUAUAGAUUUAUGUGCUGUUGAGUUAAUAUAUUUGAACAAGAGUGCAGUAAAGUUAAAUCAACGAAUUUUCCAAUGAGAUUCUGUUACUAAACUGAACUACACCAUGUUCUACUCUGGUUAGUACAUACAGGGUCCCAGCCAUAGUACUAGACACCAAACAUCUUUUUAACUUUGACUCAUUUCUUUAGCAAAGAGACUAAACACAACUCACCUACUCUCUUCCAGCAGCCUCUUGUUUGUAGUGAGACCUCAGGCCAGUCUAUUAGAGACUACAGCGGGGUGACGCAGCUCAAGGAAGAACAUUUAUGAUCAUUUCUUUAUCAUUUCCAUGAAGUAAUAAUCAUAAAUGUUCUUCCUUGAGCUGCGUCACCCCGCUGUAGUCCAUAAUGGACUGGCCUGAGGUCUCUAUAAACAAGCGGCUGCUGGAAGAGAGUAGGUGAGUUGUGUUUAGUUCAUCUUUUAAAGAAAUGAGUCAAAGUUAAAAAGAUGUUUGGUGUCUAGUACUAUGGCUGGGACCCUAUAUGUACUAACCUCAGUAGGACAUGGAGUAGUUCAGUUUAGUAACAGAACCUCAUUGGAAAAUUAGCUGAUUUAACUUUACUGUGCUCUUGUUCAAAUAUAUUAACUCGACAGCACAUAUAUCCAUACCUGUUAACAAAAUCAUGAUUUUAUUGAUAAUUCGGCUAAAUAACUCUUAUUAGUCGCUGCGAUGUCAACACGGUAGUGCUCGCUAGCAGAGCUGACGUUUACUGCCGCUAUUCACUAAAAAUCCGACAUGGAGAAUCCUAUUUGAAGCUAGCGUAGGAUCUUCUGCCAGCCGGUUUCUUGCUCUUCCAGAGGGGGGGUGUCGUGGCUCCGUUUUUUUCAACUGCUUCUUAGAUCGUCAACCAUGCCUUUAAGGCCUAACCUUUAUAAACAGUAAAGUAGGAGGAGCUUAUUCGCUGAUCUUUAACCACGUAGACUCUUGUGUGUACUUGUGUACUUCCAGGUGUGUACGGAGAAGUGGCCCGGGAAGAACACGGACGGCACCAUCUACAGCAUCUCCAUCCUGAUCCUGCAGUACUUCUUACCUCUCUCCAUCAUCUCCUUCGCCUACGCUCGCAUCUGGUCAAAACUGCGCGGCCACGUCAGCCCGGCAGAGAACGGCGGCAGCAGCAGCGCCGGCUCUGAGCGCCACAGGCGAAGGCGUAAGACCACCAAGAUGCUGGUGACCAUGGUGGUGGUGUUCGCCGUCAGCUGGUUGCCCUUCCACGCCUUCCAGUUGGCCACGGACAUCGACAGUUCGGUGCUGGACAUGCGUGACUUUCGCCUCCUCUACACCAUCUUCCACGUCAUCGCCAUGUGCUCCACCUUCGCCAACCCGCUGCUGUACGGGUGGAUGAACCGCAACUACCGCGCCGCCUUCCUCGCCGUUUUUAAGUGUCAUAAAGGAGGGGAGAGAGGGAGGAGCAGCAGACUGGACAGUAUCCACCCGGUCGGAAGUCGAGGAGGAAAAGGAAGAGGGGGCGGGAGGGCAAAGAAGAUCGUGCUGGAAACACAGGACGUGGUUUCCACCCGACUGAACGCCACUGACGUGUGAGAGCCAGGGGGCGGGGCUUAAAAAGAGGACCAAUUACAGGAAACUGAUAGGAUGAGGAAAGAGGAUGAUUGUCAGGAGAGCUUUAGUUUCUCGGAGGACAAUGAACGACGAGGACGAGACGGUGGAAACGAGAUCCCUCAGGACAGGAGAUGAAGACGUGAUAACCGAGACGACCAAUCAAGGCCGAGGAGGAGGGGAUUAAGGAGGGGGGCGGGGUUCAGAGUGACUCAAACCCUCCUGAACCCGUCCGGGUGGAGAUCUGUGGUGGACCUCAGAACUCUGAGAACUCCUUUGAGGGUCUUUGACUUUUCGAUCGGAGACUUUCCCUCAGAACCGAUGACCUCGGACUUUGGCGACAUAGGGCUUUAACUCCAUCCUCACUCACAUGUGAAGCAUUUAGCUCGGACAAUAAACACAGAGUGGCUUACACACACACACACACUUACACACACACACUUACACACAGGGGAGGGGGGGCAGGUUUGGCAGAAGAGGAGCUGAUGUUCUGCAUGUUCCCGGAAACCUGGAGCGAGGAGAAAGAAAAACCCGAAAAUCCAGGAGGGACGGCGAUGCAUGAUGCAAGCUUAGUGAAAUCUCUAACGUUUGUGAUGUGAUGAAAAUGUGUGUUUUUAUGUGGGUUAUAAUCCCGAAACAGACGAGAUGGAGGUGGACAAAUGUGAGACAAAGAGGGGAGGAGGGGGGAGGAAGGAUGAUUGAGGUUUAAAGACGGCGAGGACUGAAGGACGGCAGCAGAGCGGGAUCAGUGGGAGGAAACAGGCGCUGAAAAACGGACUAGAUGGUAGAUAAUCGUCUGAUCCUUCAGUUUGUCUUUAAAACCGACUCUCGAUUGACUACUUUGAAUAUUUGAUACUCGACUUUGAUUCAUGAGGAUUUAUUGUAAUUCAGCAGGACUGGAGGUGUUGUCUUUAACAGGACUGAUGCCUACCCACGAUGCAACACACCCACAGUUGACAGUUCGCUCCGAGUUUGUAGAGAGAACUACUUUGACUCCAAUCGGAUAUUUAUUGAUUCAUUAUCUUAUAGUAGGAUGACCACACGCCCUCUUUGACCCGGACACGUCUUCAUGCCUCAGUGUUGGCGCUGCUUACACGCCAACAGCAUUUAGCACCGCCCUGGUUGGACUGACUUUGACUAUUGCCGGGAGUCUGGGUUUACUGCCCCCUGGAGUCAUGUCUCUGUUAGGUAUAGAUGCUUAGAUACCUCGAUGUUACGGUGCAGUUGACCACAUUGCAGAGGGUAACCCCAAAUUUCCACCUAAUCCGGAAUGUCUACUGAAAGGCCGUAUCCAUAGCUGGCUUCUUUCUGUUCCGCUGCGGGACAGACAAGAGUUUGUCUCUGUUGUCCCCGUUAAAUAUCAUCUUUCUGACAACAGUCAAUAACCGCAUCCAGCAGCUUCAGUGACCGUGGCGCUCUGGUCUCAAACUGAGCCCUCUGGUCCCGGGUCUUUGUUCCGGGGCAUGCCAAAAAAAAUUCCACUCAGAUUAAUCCGUGCUGGAUGCUGAUUCUAGAAGUCUAGAAGUAGAUUUCCUCCUCUGGAAGGACACAAUCCACUGCUUAUAUGUCUAUGUGUCUGUUGUUGUAGCGGUAACUGGUUAUCGCGCAAUUGAACGUAAAUCCGUGGAUUCCUGCUGUUUGAAAUCCGCUACGAAAUCCGCCUCACAAACGGAUCUGGUAGGAAUUGGCUGACAGCGAAAAUCGCCACCAUUCAGUAGCCGUUCUGGAUGCGUUGGAACUAGGACUAUCCUGGCAUGUGGACUCUACGAUCUUUCCUUCAGACACCACAAAAGUUCUCCAUCAGUUCCACUUGAUCCUGAAAGUUUUUCUCAAACAGACGAUCGUGGCGUUCGCGCGUCUUUAAAUUAAAUUGACUGGUCAAUCUGCCGUAAUUAGAGGCUCAGUAAAGACUGAGUCAUGACCUACAAAUAUGAGCGGAUCCAUUUAAAGGCUUUACAUACAGAGACAUAUGAAGGAGCGGAUCAGACACAGGUGUGGAGGGGAUCAAACCGUCUUUAUUUUUGGACUCAGACUCCUCCAUCGCUCUGAGCUGCGUCACUGCCUCGCCCGACCCACAAUCCCCCAAAUCCUCUCUGUUCCCUCCCACUGAACCGCACCAGCUGUUCCUCUCUGUCCUGGUUUGAGCUCCUCGUCUGUUGCCUCUCCUGAAAAUUGCAUGCCUCAAAAGAGCAGAGGAGUGUUUCUCUGUUUGAUUGAAACUCUGAAGAUGUCUGUUUGAUUCAGUUUGACCACUGCUCCUGUUUUAUUUCUGCAGGAAUCAAUCAAACUUUAUUGAUUAUCGACAGGUGAGGUUCAGAGAGAUCCUCACCUGUCUCUGGAGUUCAUCAGGAUGAGACGUUGACUCUUGAGUUCCGAUGUCUGGUCUUUGUUUGGUUAUUCGAACCCUCUUUGGGUCCUGAUGUUUAACUCCAAGACCUCCAGGCUUUAAUUUUCAGGUUAGGACGAAUAAUUGAUUAUCGAUCGAUGGUUUGAGUCAUUUUCACAGAGAGUUUAUUACAUUUGAUUUCACAAGUCUGACCACUUUUAUGUAAACGUGGUGUAAUCGUCCUUUAAACAUCCGAAUCUUCGUACUCUGCAGUGGAGUUGACGAAAACUUGGUGUUAAGAUCGGACUGUCUCACUUUCACUGGAUUUUCACGAGGGGUGUCCCGAUACCGAUAUUGUAGCCUUUGGCACUAAUGGUUUUUCGGAAUUUAACGAAAAAUACUGCCAAGUGGCCGACAUCACCUUAGUACACACUGUUGUUGUGAUUACGUGGAUCCGGGCGCUGCUAGAUAGAGGUUCUGGAGCGGAAUCUGGAAUGGACUGCUUGUAUUGGAGUGCCGAUAUCGGAGAUUUAAAAUGCAGGCCGAUAUAAUCCGAUAUUGUUAAUUUGGCCGAUUUCAGACCGAUAUCGGAUAUCAAUAUCGGAUCAGGACAUCCCUAAUUUUCACCACUGAACCGCACCAGUAUCGGUACAAACGGUCAAUAUCGGUCCAAAGGUGCAUGGUAAGACUUGCACUCAGCUCCAACGUCUUUUUUGGAAUUUAACGAAAAAUACUGCCACGUGGCCGACAUCACCUUAGUACACACUGUUGUUGUGAUUUCGUGGACUCUGCAUGCUGGAUCUUGGCGCUGCUAGAUAGAGGUUCUGGAGCGGAAUCUGGAAUGGACUGCUUGUACUGGCGUGCCGAAAUCGGAGAUUUUAAAUGCAGGCUGAUAUAAUCCGAUAUUUUCCAGACUGAUAUCGGAUAUCAAUAUCGGAUCAGGACAUCCCUAAUUUUCACCAUAGCACUGUUUUUUUUAGGUAUAAGUAUCUCUCUUGUAAGUUUCGAGUCCUUUGGUCAAAAGUCGUUAAAGUCACAGUCUCAGAAAAGUUCGUGAUUUUAGCCGAUGAUAUGUUGCUGAUUUUGAACUCGUCAAAAGUUCAUCCUGCGUUGACUCAGGAACCCAAACAGGAACGGGUUUAAAACCUCGGAAAGUCCAGCGUUCUGGUCGAAGUUAUUCCUGAUUUUCCGCUCUGCGCUCAACACCUCAUCCUCUUUGAAACUCGGUCUCGGCUAGCUCCGAAGUUUACGAGUUUGUGGAAGCGUCACCUGUAAAUGCCUCUCAUGUCUGUUUUUAUCGUCCUGGACUGAACGGGCGUUUGGCUCCUCAUCACUGAAGGUGUGUUUUUUGACGGACACUGAUAUGCUGCUCUACCUUUAUUCAACAUGAAUGUAAACUGCUUUGUAAUAUCGCUGUAAUGUUGUUUAUCAUAUGAUUUUGAUGUAAAUAUUGACGGUGUGAAAGACUGUAACCCAGCACAACAUGUUGGCCUUUACAUGUGUCCAACUACAGAUGUACUGUUCUCAAGCA